AUGAUAGUCUUAAACCUCAGUAAGGGGUUCCUGCUGCUCCUGCUGUUCUGGACCUUCUCAGCCAUUAUUGAAGCUGCCGGCAUUUCAAGUGCAGAAAGACCAGGAAGGAAUCAGAGGAGAGGAGGAAGAGGAAGCACCGGCGGUGGAGCAGAGAGGAGGAGGAAGUACCACCGCAUCCAGCAUGGUCAGUGCAGCUACACCUUCAUCCUGCCGGAGCUGGAGGGGUGCCUGGGCGGAGGAUCACCAGCACAAAGUGAUCAAUAUGGCAGCUCUCGAAGCGGGAGCGUUGUGCAGAGAGACUCGCCGCGGUUAGAAGGAGAAUGGUCGGCUCAGAAACUUCAGCAACUGGAGAGCACGAUGGAGAACAACACACUUUGGCUGCAAAAGGUAAGAAAUGCGUUGUCUUCUGUUUUUUCUCAUGCAAAGAUCUUUAGUACGAGCCUUUAUUUGAUUUGUAUGAGGAGACAAACAGGGUGACAGUCCGAGAGUAAGAAAAGACGUGCACGGACUGAAGAGGUUCGCAUCUGCAUGGAGGACAAAUAAAGGAAUCAAUGAGUGUUUCAGUUCUUCUCACGCAGAAUGUACCACAAAUAAGAGUGCUGACUGAUGCUCAAAACCCUUCAAACACAGAGACAUAUCUGACAAUCAGAUGGCUGGCUUUAGGAUUCCUCUCGCAGAGAUGUCAUUUCUCUUAACAUCUGUGUCCGCAGUAAAGUUUCAAAAAGUUAUUUCAGGUUGUAAAAGCACAUUUUCUUGCUGUGUGACUGGAUUGUAGAAAAAGGAUCAAAGUUUCAGGUUGUGGCUCUGGAUGAUCGGCAGCUGUUUUCAAUCAGGAGAGAACAGAGGGAGCUUUCCCUGAUGAUGUCCUCUCAGACUGUAGCUCUUCCAUCUGUGCUUUAAGUGGAGCUCUGCUUGUGUGGUGCACAAUCAAAACCAUCUUAAAACCCUAUUGCUCCAUCACUAAAACUUUUAUUCUGAUUUUGCAGAAAGAUUUACUGAUUAAGAACAAAAGAACAUCAAAUUUGAGAUUGGAUCCAUCCAAGCCUGAACUUUUGGUUGAAGGUUGGAGUUGCAGUUUUUAGUUGAGAGGAGUUGUUCUUCUUCUGUUUUCUGUCAUUUGAUCUUUAUUUCUUCAACUGACUUCAUGACUCCUGUUAAAGACAUCAUCACAACUUCUCUGAUCUGCAGACUUCGCAGUAUGUUGCCUGUGUGAAUCAUGGUAUCUUGGUUAGCUUGUGCUUCACUUAAAAACAGUUCUUGGUGAUCUUCCAGAUCAAGCGCAGACUGAUCAACUAGUAAUAUCCUCAGUACACCAAAAAGGGUGUGAAUGAUAAAAGAUCAACUUCACUGUUCUGCAGCAAAACUUUACAAAGGUCUUAGGAUGACUAAGUGGUAGUUAAGCAGCGCACAAUCUGGGUGCUAAGUCAGAUGCAGGGUUCCAAGAGGUUGGAUGGAGUUCUUCAAUUAUCAGGUGUGUUUUGGGUGUAACACGAACCAAAUCAUCUAUGUUCUCACUUUCUUUAUAAAACAGAUGUUCCUUUGAGCUGGUUUGUAGGUAUUUAUACAUUGAAUUAAAGUCUUUUAACCUAAAUAGACCUCAGGCUCCACCUGGCAAGUUUAAAAUCCCAUCCUCGACCGUGCCUCUAAACACAAAGAAAACAAACACAGACAGGGCGCUGAUAGCAUGGUUGUUUAGGCACCCCAUGUAUGGAGGCUAUGGUCCUUGCUGCAGUGGACACUGGUUGACUCCCAGCCUUGAUCCUUUGGUGCGUGUUUUCCCAGACCUUCUACUUCCCACAUUUUCUGUCUCUGUUCAGCUAUCCUAUCAAAUGAAGCCAGAAAUUCUCAAAAAAUAACAUAAAAAGGCAACAAAACAACAAACAAAUCCAAGCCACUUUGCCACUAUAUACAGAUUGAUGUUAUAAAUCAAAGUUUAUCCUUCCUAAAAUAUCAUGUUGUGUCAUAAAUUGUAUUUUGUAAAGUCCAUUGUUUGCUGAUAUGAUGAAGAGUUUGUAUAAAUGUAUUAUAGGGACUUCAGUAGUUUGUAUCCAGACCACACAGUGUCCUCCCAGUGUUCCAGCUCUUGCAGCAUCUCUCUCUCUCUUUCUCUCUGAUGGAUAAUCCGCCUCUGCAGAUGUGCAGGUUGAAGUGAUUUGGUUGCAGCAGGUGAUGUUGAUCCACGGAAUUAGAUUAGUGAAGAAAAACAUUUGUGAAAGGAGAGUGUGUGCGGGGAGUCUCCAUUUGUCAUCAUUAGGAUCAUUUGGAUGUAACAGAAGAAAUGAGCGCCGCCCCGGCAUGAAUGAUGCUUCUGUUUCAGGGUUGAGGGUCUGAAUGAAUCAUCAAGCUAACAGGAGGAAUGCAGAUUUACAGCAGAUUUAUUUAGCUCUCUAAACACCAGCUCUAUCCAUCAUGGCCUCCUGAAACUGCAGGGUGGUACUCCGAGAAUGAAAACUGUAGAAUAAAGACCUUUUAUUUGACAGAACCAUUACCAGUAAUGAACAAGAAGACUUUCAGGGGCGGAUAAACUGUAAUUAGAGAAAUCAAAUUUGUAAGUUUGGCCUCUUAGAUCAAUAAAAGGCGCUUUAAUUCAACAGUUCCUGACCUUAAACUGGACCUGGAGUUAGUACCUGCUUCUUUCAGCUAAAAAUUUCUUGAAAAAGUUCCUCUGACAAGAACAGGUUAUUGAUUUCUUUCAAUGACAAAGAGUGUUUAUGGCUGACUUCAAUCAAGAUGACUUAACAUUUUGAUUUCCACCCUAAAUGAUCAUUCAUCUGGAGCCACCCUCAAGUGGACUCUCUAGGACCUGCAGUUCUGAGCACUUCACCAUCAGCUUCAUUUCUCAAGAUUAAGGUUGCUGUUUGGUUUGGACACAGAGCUGUUGUAAUAGCGGCAAAAACAUCAAACGUCAAACAUUAAACAGUUGUGUCUUUAAUGUCAACAUGCAUCUUGAAAAGUUGGUGAAUAAAAAUGAGAAAGUCACACAGAGGCAUUUGAAAGGAUUUGUUUAAGUGGUGCACUUGUUGCAGAUAAGUGAAUAGGUUAACAGCCGGUUAUGAGCCUUUUGCUUGUAUUUUAAGUGUCAGAUCAGAUGGACAGUGGAGGAAAUAUAAUGAAUUUUAAUGUUUAUCAAUCCACCCACCAACAUUUUGCUUUGUCACUGCCCCGUUACGAAAACCAAACCUGUGUCUGAGUUCUAUUGGUAGCCAUGUUUACAUGGGCAAAAUUUCUUGAUCCGAUUUAAAAUUUGAGGGAUCAGAAAUUCUGAAUCCUCUGUUGAUAUGGGUGCAAAAUCGAAUAAUCCGAUCAUGAUGUGCGUAUACAUGUCAUGUUUUAUUCAGAUUGGAAGCAUUUGGACAUGUGCAGAGUUGUCUAAUUUCUCUAAAACAACCAUAGAAGAGGAAGAGUUGUAUUUACACCUGUGCUGUCAACGAACCAACAAACGCGGUAGUCGCUCACUUCAUCCAACUCAGGAUUUUCCCUCUGUUAUAUGUCGUCUCUAGAUGCCGUCAUGUUCUCCAUUUUAGAUACCAGUGAACAACCGUCCCUUUUCAUACGUCACCAUGCAACCUUCGUGUUGGUAAGUUAUUGCGAUGCGAAUAUUUGUGUCUUAUCUGCGCAUCUUAUCCUGUCUUUGCAUUGACCUAAUAUGUAAUUCAUUGGCACGAAUGGUUUUACUCACGCUUGGGGUGUGGAGACAGUAAUGCUGCAGGAUUAAAGUCCAUGUCCUUGGACCAGACCUUCACACAUAAACAGUUUGAUGACUCAGCUCACAUUGUGACUGAUAUAAAAUAUGAUUUUUAAAUACUUUCCAGUUUAAAACAUCAAUUUUUUCUGUCCUUCCCACAGAGGUGAAUUCUUUCUUUUAUUGCAGGUGUUAGGGAGGACCGAGUUUCUUUGCGUCAAAGAUGUUAAUCUGCAGAGUUUACAUUCAGAGUGGUGCUUCACUGGAUGAAAGCUCCAGGUGUUUUUAAAAGGGCCAAAAUGUGUGUGUGUGUGUGUGUGUGUGUGUGUGUGUGUGUGUGUGUGUGUGUGUGCAUCUAAAAGAGAUUAAUGCAUACCUUACAGAAGCGCUUGCAUACAUUUGUGAGUGUUUUCACCACCCACACUGUUAAACCUCAGAGGAGACAUGGGUCCAGUCCAGGGCUGAGACAUGCAGCAUCCCAGCAGGGUGACCUUUGACCUUCAGGGUUCAGAGAGGGUUAGCCGUCAGUACCUUAUCACUGUCUCUGUCAGACACAUCAGCUCACAUGUUUUGUUUAAUCACAGCGUUGAUUUAGUUCAGUUGGAGAUAGCUGUGUCUCCACUUGGUCUCACUGUCUCACUCUGUCUUUAACCUUCACCUCCUCUGAGAGUCUCAAAGCUUCAGAGAAGUCGGGGCUCUCUGGAGCUUAAUGAAUGAAAUUACUCAUAAAGGAAUCUCUGUGAAGCUCAGUUAAACAUCCACAAUGACCACAGUUUUUUCAGCUGCAUGUCUUCAAGAUACAUACUCUUUAAACUUUAUUACAGAUUAAUAUCACACACUAUUAAAAAUGUUUUAUAGCCUUCUUGACUUUUUAGAUAGGACAGAGCACAGAGAGAGGGAAUAUGGAAAAAAGAAGAUGACAUACUGCAAAAAGAUGAGGAGUGGAGUCAACUCAGUGCUGCUGCAUCCAGGACUUGGUGUCUGUUAUUUAUUUAUUUAUUUAUUUUGUCUCCCUGCUCUCCUCUCUCCAGCUGCAGCCGCAUGAAAGUUUGUACUGCUGCAGCACAGCAUGUUGAAGGUAGAGCGGUCCAUAUUGAAAUUUAAAGACUUCCUCCCAAACUUUGUUGUCGAUCUGAGCUCAUAAUUUUGAAGUGGAAGUUGAAGCUGUUUGAGGGGAGGGACACAGCACUAACACAGGAGGGGAGAUUGAGAAACAGCAGGUGCCAACAUAUCUUCCAGGCUUGAUUAUCAUAAUUUUGCAAUAGUGGGGAGCCAUACUCGUAAUGAAAGGUGAAACCUUACUAAUAAGCCAGCUCUAGCUUGGAGUCAAACUCAAGGCUGCUGCAUGGAGGACUUACUCAGAACAUUUACAUGAUACUCGAGAAAACCGAAUUAUUGCCUUACUCCGAUUAAGACCGGACAACUGAAGUGCAUGUAAACACCUUAGUCCGACCAUAAUUGGAGUUUGAGAACUCCAACUAAGCCACCCAGAUAAUACGAUUGGAAUUUGAUUUUCUCUACCAACAAGCGUAACCAGAGUAUAAUUGGACAAUGCAUGUGUCCGUGUGCCACGCCCCCAUAACCCCGGAACAACAACUGCAACAUUGCUGAAGCAUGAAAGAAUGUCCACUUUUGGAAGGAUGAGGAGAGUGCCGUUAUGCUUUACAUCCUAACAGAAAUUAACAUUUGAAAGUAUAUGGACAUUCGCAGAACAGAGAACAGAAACAUCUUUAAAAAAGGCUGAAAAUACCCAUAUUGCCCUCUAGUUUUAGGGCAGAGGACACAUUAACGUCAAUUAUUCGAUAUUCUCAGCUGCAUGUAUAUAUGAACAAGUAGAGAAGUCCGAUUUGGCGAAAAACCUAAUUAUGAGCUUAGUCCGAUUAAGCUGUGAAAGAGACACGGACUAGUACAACUGAGCUGAACUUGCAGCACUUAAAUCCUGCUUUACAAAAAUGAAACUAAUCAUUAAGAAUUGAUAAAUGAAAAAAACUUAGUUUGUAAAUUUACACAAAGUUGUAAAUCAGAAAAUCAUAAUUAACACAAUAAAGUUGUAAAUUAAAGCUUCAGUAAGAAACUAAAGUUUGUGUCAGUUUUAGUCCCCCCUGUGGACAAGGCGGUCUCUGCCCAUAUUGUCCUAUCCAUACUCAGGUAGCAUCUUUUGACAAAAAGUCUCAUCCUGCUGACUUUUGACAAUCAAAUGUUCAUUUACUGUGAAUAUUUGUCAUGGAAAAGUCAGCUUCAGUGAGCUUUCUGCUAAUGUAGCCCCUUUUAAAGCAUUUAUGUACAAUAACUGUUUCUUGAUCAUCUAAUGCUUUUUAUGGUAAGACUAGCACCUCUUUCCUUCCUGCUACUUCCCUAAACCUUAUCUGUGGUCAAAACAUAAUCUUUUUUCUAUCUUUGAGUCAGAAACAGUAAUCACAGUUCAAAGUGUCAGGAUGUUUAGCUGAAGUUAAAGUCAUGGUUUGGUUUUGGAGGGCGCUGCGGCUUUGAAGUUGUUGUUGGUUUUCAGAGAGAGUGUCUGUGAACAGCAGUGAGCGAGGUGGUUAACGGGAGGCUGUUUAGUUUUCUGCCAAAUGACUGACUUCAAAUGGACCUGUGUCAGAAACAGAAACAGAGAGAGGAGGGCCAAGGUCUGAUCACAGUCUAGAUAUCAACCUCUGCUGCUGUUUGAUGUGCACAGAGGUUAUUUUCAUGAUAACCCUCUGCAGAAAGACAAAAAGAUGAAAAAAAAAAAAAGCAAAAAAAAAAAAAGGGUCGGCACUGAAUGCAUAUUUCAGUGCAUGAAGAAGGAACAGAAAAAACAUGCUGUUCAGCUGAGUUUUUGUUCAUUUGGAGUCAAAAUCAUGAAGUCCAAAGACGUCAGAUUAAAGCAGCGUGGUUAUGUCACAAUCAAACACCAUGUAAACUCCAUUAAAAACACAAAAAUACAUCAUCAAUAAAUUGCAUCAAAUUGCAGGUGUCAAAUAUUGAUAUUUUUAUUUACAAAAUAAAAGUCUAUACUCCACUCAUCGUUGUAUGUGAGUACAGUAAAUAGAUCUGCUCUCUCUGUGAAGAAACACCUGGUUUUAGCUGCAGCUCUGUGCUCCAUCAUCCUUUACAGGAACACAUCAAACAGCUGAGACGGAGCUCUCUGACAGCACUAAUAACAGACUAAUGACGGCUAUUAUCUGACUCCUGCAGUCCAAACACGACUGCAGAACACUCAGCCCUUAAUCAUCUGCAACUGUAUGUAACUCUGAAAGAGCAACAAAGUGCAAAAACCAGGAGAGCUGACUCCAUCUGAACAUGAGAGUAAGAGUUAAGUCAAGCACUGCCUUAGAUAGAGGGUUUACUCACAUCUCGAUUUUAUGGAUUACACUUAUGAUGAAACCACAGACUGUAGACAAAGAUGGACCAAGUGUGUUCACCUUGUGUAGCUGUGCAAAAACAAGACAAAAAUAUUCAUGACUUCUUGGUCUGGUGUCGCCAUUUGGAAGCGGCAAACUGAUUCAACUAAGUAUAUCUAUAUUUAAUUAAAUACACUACAAAUAUAUUUAAUUUUUAAACUGAUAAACACUGAAUGACUGUGACCUUUGACCCCUCAGGUAGCACUGCAUUAAAAACCCUCACCAUUCUGUAAAGGAUUUUACCACGUUGGCUCAGGAGGACUUUAGAAAACCAGUGUUCAUGAACACAGUUCUCCACUACAUCUAGACAUUCAAACUCUACCAUGCAAAGACAAAUACUGAUAUCAACAACAGCCAGAAACACCGCCAGCUUCUCUGGACCCGAGCUCAUCUGAGAUGGACUGACCCAAAGUGGAAAAUUGUGCUGUGGUCUGAGGAGUCCACAUUUUAAAUAGUUUUUGGACACACAGACACGUUCUGCACGUGUUACAACAGCAAGGCUUCGUAGUCAGAGAGUCCAGGUACUAGACUGGCCUGUCUGCAGUCCAGACCUGUUUCUCGCUGAAAAUAUGAAGAACAACACAGACACCAUACUGAUGAGCACCUGAAGCAAGAAUGUGAGAGAAUUUACCUCCAAAGCUUCAACACUCAGAGCCUGACAUACUAAGAUCCCAAAUAAGGAGCGCUAAACUGCAUGUGCAAAGUAAAGAAAUUGCAUGUGCUAUCAGUGGGCGUGUUGAUCCUAUCCUACGUCCUAUGUGUGCGCUAUUGAUAACAGGCGUUAUCCCUAUUUCAAUGAGGAUUUUGUGUGCACUGCUGUCACCAUGGAGAGUUUGGGAGAGCAGAGUGGCUGUAAACGAAAAAUGAAGGUCUUAGAGGAGGAGGCAAAUAAACACACUGGUGAAUGCAUUUUAGGAGGCAAUAUGUGAAAAGGUGAAUACUGUGAGCAAAACCAGAGGAUCUGCCAGUUAAAUAAAAAGAAGAUGACAAAACAUCCACAGAAAAACAAAUAAAAAACUUUCUCUUUAUAAACCUCUGCAAAAUAAAACCAGUGGGGGACCUGUAGAGAUCAGCCCUUCGGUCAUCCAGCUGCUCAAAAAUAGCAAUGCUGUAUAGACGAUACGUCUCUACUAUUUCUAUUUCUAACAGUCCAAAUAUGUUGACAUGCGCACGGAAGAUUCUCUCCCUCCGUCAUCUCUCAUUGCACCUCUGCCUCUGUCUCGCCACAAUGACCACAACCGUUUGUGCGUAACACUGUCUCAGUUUGCACCUGUGCUAAAUAUAGACACAAAAACAACCACUGCGGUUGCGAAAUGAUUCCAUUUGCAUCUUUCCUCCUUCGCGUAUUUUGUGUGUUUUGAUGAUCUACAUACUUUCUGCAUAUUCAUGAAGGCAAGCACGCUAAAUGGAUUGCGCGUGCUAUUUGGCUCAUUUGAUAGAUGCAAUCCUUGGUGCAACUGGUUAGAAGAUCAACUUUGUCUACCAAGAUUGCAUGUUUUUUUACGCAGGCAAACCUUAAGAGAUCAGGCCCUUAGUGUCCUCAGUUCACAAACACUUCUUGAGAGUUGCUCAAAAAAAGCUGUGAUGGUUUUUGAUGGCUAAAGAGACACUGAAGCUGUCAAAUGACAUGACGGCUGUAAACUUACUUGUCAUUUUAUUUACUUAGUUUACAUGGACAUUGGCGCUUAGCAUUAAUGGCAAAAUGCUAAUUUGCAACAUAAUGUAAUGGGACACUUUUUUAGAAGACAAGAAAAACAGUAAGAAAAGACAAAACUGUUAAAAAUACAACUCAGCUAUAAAGGCAAGGCUGAUUUUAGUGUGAGUACAAAAACAGUCAAACCUUGUUGGUCUGUCUGCUCAUAUUUCGUGUGUUGACUCCACUGUUUUCCAGCCAUCUUUAGCAGCAGCUCUGAUUCUGGCUUUAACCACACACCCACUGCUCCCUGAAGGAUGAAUUAACAGCUGAAAGGUUUUCUUUGCUGGGACUCUCUUUGAGUUUACCUCUCUGUUGGGAGCACUCAGAGAUGGUUUUUGAGGAUUGUAUGCAAAGCUGGGAAUGUUUGGGAACACUUUUACGGCAGCAGGCGGUUUUUAUUAUGUUUCAUAGAGAGUUUGAAUAGUGUAUGGCUGAUUUAAACGUCUCAUUAAAAGGUUUAUGAUCUGAUAAUGUAAAGUACAGACGCUCUGAUAUGUACAGACUUGUGGUGACCAGAGUGUCAAACCUAAACCCUCACACAAAAGGCGUCACUCGAUUAUUUAGCACCUCAUUAUUCCAGCUCAGCUUGUUCUGUGGUUUCAUGAGACUGGAUUUUAUGAGAUGAAAUAAAAAUUGAAAAGACACUGAGUGUGCUUGACUUCAUGAUAGCAGAUCCGUAAAAUGGGAGUGGAGCUGAAAAUUAAAAACAAAAAGCAGCCCUUCAGCAGGAAACUGGCUUACAGAGGAAGUGGCUGUGGUCAAGAGUGGGAGAGUGUGUGUUUCUUUUUGUGUGUCAGUGGGUAAAGUAUUUCUGUGUAAAUAUGACUAACGCGGGCAUCAUUAAAAACACAAAUACAUAGACACGGGGCAACACGCAUCUGCAAACUGAAGCAGAGGUCCUUACAUGGUAACGGAAGACCUGAUGAACAAGCAUGUGUACUAAAUAUUGAUCCAGUAUGUCAUCUGUGGGCUGGCUCUAUUGUUAGUUGCAGACAGUCUGGGCUCUGUGACAUGCUCUUGAGGUUUCCUUAUUAAGAGGCCGAGUGCCUAUUUAGUGUACUAAAUUGUGGGUAAAUUCCAAGAAACUGCAUGCUUUGUUGGUGUGUGUUUUGUAUUUUCAUCAUCUUGGAACAACUGCAUGAAUGACGUCAGGUGCAAAGACUGCAGAGGUGGGGGUAUCUAAAUCAGGCUUUUGCAUGGUUUACACUAUGGAGAGUUUCAAAAGGAAGUGGACUGACUGCAGGUGCAAGAGGAAAUCCAGAGAUGAGUGUGUGAACCUUCACUUUGUGCUGCUUAGAGCUGCCCUCUCUGGAGCUGAAAUCUGUCCACAUACACAUCGCAAAUGUGAGGCUGCGUCUUAGCAGAGGUUUCGUAAGAAAGUGUCCUCAGACUUUGUUUCAGCUGUUUUUUUAUUUUUCCUCCUCUUGUCGUGACAGGACAGCAGCAGGUUUAUCUCUUCUCAGCGUCUCUCUGACCACAUGUGUUUCAUUUUCAGGCCCAAUCACUGACUGACUGAACUCUGCUGUAGACAGGAAAAGGAGUUUCACAGAUAGACAAUUUACGGGAGUUUCUUUCAGUGAAAUCCAGGUCAGCCCUCUGAAUCUCUGCAGCUGAUAACUGGACUGUUAUCAACACUGAGAGAGAGCGACAGAGACAAACUUCAAACAGGCUGAAAGAGAGACACAGAGAGAAGUUAAGAAAGAAAGAAAGAAAGAAACAAAAGAAAGAAAGAAACGAAAGAAAGAAAGAAAGAAAGAAAGUAAAAAGGGAGAAAAAAGGAAGAAAAAGAGCGAAAGGAAAAAGGAUCAGUGGCGAAAAAGAAAAAUGAAGGAGAAAAAAGGGGGGAUAAUUAGAAGGAUAGAAAGGAAGAACACAAGAAAUAAAGUAAAAAGAAAAUAAGUCUACUAGAAAUAAAGAAUCAAGACAAAAAUAAAAAAGUGAAAGAAGGAAAACAAAAAGUCUUAAUGAAAUAAAACAGCAAUACAAGAAAGAAAGAAAAGAAAAACAUUUUGAAGCUUAGUGAAAUACAACAGCAAUACAAAAAAGAAAGAAAAAUAGAAAAAAGUGAAAAGGGAGAAAACAGAAAGAAAAAGGGGAAAAGGAAAAAAGACCAGUAGUGAAAAAGAAAAAUGAAGAAAAAGAAAAAAGGAGGGAAAAAAGAGACAAAUAGACAGAGGGAAUGAAAGAAAGAACAGCCUAAGAAAGAAAAAAGGAAAUGAAAAUAGAAUCAAGACAAAAUAUAAAAAACAGAGAGAAGGAAAACAGAAAGUCUUAGUAAGGAAAACAGCAUUACAAGAAAGAAAGAAAGAAAGAAAGAAAAGAACAAUGAAUUAAAACUUAGUGGAAUAAAACACCAAUACAAGAAAGAAAGAAAGAAAGAAAGAAAGAAAGAAAGAAAGAAAGAAAGAAAGAAAGAAAGAAAGAAAAGAACAAUGAAUUAAAACUUAGUGGAAUAAAACACCAAUACAAGAAAGAAAGAAAGAAAGAAAGAAAACUGUCACGUUUUUUUUGGGAACAUCAGGGACUCCCUUAAAAACCUCUUAAACACUCGGUCCUUACUCUCUCAAACCCAGAAACACUGAAAGUCUGUCUCAGUUGGAUGUGCUUUUUCUUUAUAUUGACACCUUCUACUGCACUGAUUCAUUCUUUGGUUGUCUGAUGAUUUGACUGUUCAGUGUCAUUAUUUCCUGUCUGGGUGCAGUCUGUUCUUAAAAUGAGACGCAUAGUGGUGGUGCAAUGGACUGAUUUGUAGUCUCCAGAGGGUUGGGUAAUAAAUUAGAUAUAUUAGAUAUUUAGGAUUUCAGGUUGGACUGCCCCUGAAAUUCAUGUUUUUAUCAAUAGGCUUGAGGAAAAGGUGUUUGUUAAUGAGGAAAAAAAACUAGUAAGAGUGAGAGACACAGAAAGAGAAACAAGGAGAAGUAUGGAGGAGAGAGGCCUCACAGAGGAGGAUGAGACAGAGAGAAAGUUCAACCCUUUCAGACAUGUUGCCUUUUUACCCAUAAAUCACCUGAGAGAGACUGACAGGGCGAGCAAAGAGGACGAGAGAGAGAGAUAAAGUGAGAGUAGAUAAAGAGAGGGGAGGAGGAGAGCCAGAAACAAAAGGAGCCAGAGGAGAGGCACACGCACAAUAAAGAAGUAGAUUUAUAUAAUAAUAAUAAUAUGGUGACGGUUUAACAUGAUAUGAUAAAAACUAGGAGGAAGUGAGGCUGCAGAAGGCUCAUAUAAAAUCAGCAAAGGAGUGAAGGUGCUGUCAGACAUUUGACAUAUAUGGGAAUUCACAGUGAUUAUGGCCUGUUUGUCGUUAGAGUGUUGUAAAAGUCAGUAAAGCAAACCUUUGAUAAAAAACAAAGGGACCUAUAGUGUUUCUUAUGACAUUACAGCAAUUUACUUUUGGGCUGCCAAACUAACAAAAUUUAACAAGAUUUUUACCUCUGUACAUUUUAAACACAUUUGAAGUAAUCCUACAAAUAAAAAUAUGAAGGCUGCAAUUUUUAGGAGCAAAAUUUCCCCAGGGACCCACUUAAAUCACUACCUGAGGGGACUCAUGGCACUGAAAGCCAACACUAUAGCGGGUCCAUCCUCUUGUUCUGUACAGUAUGCACCCCAGCCUCACAUACAGUACAUCCUCAGUGUAGCUGCAAAUAAAAAAAAAAAUAAUAAAAAAAAACAUCCUAAAAAUCAUUUCGCCAGUCCUUAUGUCUUGUGGGCUGCAGGGUUUACGAAACAUGGUUGAUAAGUUAAUGCACUCAUCAUCCCUCCACAAUCAGCUUCUCUGAUUCUCUUUGGACGUCUAUAUUCUCCGGGUUCAUUUGUCGAUUAUCUUUUCCCAGAGAAAGGCUGCUGUCAGCAGAACAGCUGGAACAGAAACAAACCCACACUUAGCCCUCAUUCCCAUUGCUGUCCUCAGAGCUCAGUCUGCUCUCUGUGUGUGUUUGCAGAGUUUAUGCAUGUACAUGUGGGAAUAUUUGCAUGCAUAAGUAACAGUUAUGUAGUCUUGAGGAGUACAAAUGUGAGACGUGUGUAAGGACAGGACAGAAUGUUUCUUUCUUUCAAUUUCCAUCCAUAAAGUGCAGAUGUAAGGGCUGACAGCUGCUGAUAUAAUGCAGAAACUGACUCAGUCAAUUACUAACUUCAUACUCUCCUGGAUGAAAAUUCAGGCCAGCAUGAAAGGACCAAGGCUGCAGUUCUUUUAGUGGCCACAAGAGGCACGAGUCAUAAUAUCCAAAUGACAAGCAAGUAUCUGUUUUGCAUCAUAUUGGACCAUAUUUUAUCGCAGCGUAUAGUAUUGCAUUAUACAGCAUAAUUGUAUUGUUUCAUAAUUUAUAUAUUUAUCAUGUAGUAGCUUACUGUGAGGUAAAGCAAUGUAUUGCUGACAUCGUAUUGUAUCCUACUAUAGCAUUUUAUACAAUAUUGUAUUGAACUCUUUAAAAAUUGUACAGUAUUGUAUUAUGUUGUGUUCUGUUGUAAUAAAUAUGGGUUUUUCAGCAGCCAAUAUUGAUGCAGAUAUAUAUUGAGCAGGUCAGCUGAUGGCAGAUAAAUAAUGCCAAUAUCACAUUACAGUUUUUUAUUAUUAUUAAAUAAUUAAUAAAGGUGUAAUUUUAAUAAUAAAUAAUUUUUUAAAGUCUGUUGGCAUCUACAGUAGCACCAAUGCUUUUUACUUCCACAUUGACUGGGCCCCAUUUGUAAUUAUCUGAAGUAUUUAUCUGCAUUAUAUCUGAAUUUAGCUGAAACGACACGAGCGAGCAGGAGUGUCUGUUUGUGGGCGGGGCUUGCUGGAGCAGAGAGGGAGGGGAGAGGAGGAGCUGAGGGGAAAUCUGGUUGGGAGGGGAAGUGUUUACAUUCACGAUUUCUCCCCAAAACUGGCACUUCCUCAGAUCCUGCCUACCCCACCUUUAAAUCAUAGCAGAAUACAUAUCAGACACUGUCAGCAACUGUGAAAUUUGAUCUGCUGUCAUUGAAGGUGUUAUGAGGAAAAACUCAUGUUGCCCAUCAGCACCUACAUAACCACAAUUUUUUUUCCUUUUUUAUAUAGACCUCAUAAACCCACAUAUCAGCCAAUCCCGAUCUUUUAAAAAUGCCAUUAACGGGCUUAACUGAUCAAUCAGUCUAUCCCUAUAUCAUACCUUAACAUACAGUACGUAUAUCUUUGGUGUCCCCCCCUGAACACUUCAUUUGAAGUAUUUUGAUGCAAAUUUGGACUUGGAGACUUGCUGCAGUUUUUUGAGUUCAGGUUUCUCUGUAUAAAGGCCCCCAUCAACCAAUUUUGACAAUUAUACUUAUUUAAAUUCCUGUAAGCAAGGACGAAUGGCCAACGUCUGUAAGAGAUCACUCUCAACAUCAUAAUACCAUCAGAACAGCUUUGGCAAACUGCUGCAACACUCCCCCGCACGUUUAACUGUGAAACAUUUGAUCUGAUUUAAAUUGUCGAAUUUCUUUCUUUUUUUACAAAGUGGAUAAAGAAGGCCUGUUUGUGAUGAAAAAACCCGACAGGUGGCCAAGUCAAACAAGUGUAUUAUGUCCUUUAACAAUCAGUAAAAGCAGCACUCAAGGUCCAAAGUGAGUUUAUUUACCACCGUGGGCCAAAUAUGUUCUUAAACGAUGACAAUUUAUCACAAGUUGAAGGGAAGAAAACAAAUAAAGCGUUAUCAAACGCACCCAUGUCCAAACAGAAACUCACUCACAGGCUGCCAGCUCCUCAAAUGAGUGCUGAUAUUUCAUCUCUGACGUGUUUUGGAGAGCGGCUGUAAUACAGUACGUGCUCUCUGUGUUUAUAAUGAUCAUUCAGUCUGUCAGAGAGCGCUUUGCAGUGCUGCGAUUAUUCAGUCCACUUAGUGCUACGUGCUGACGUGCUCACAACAGCAGCAGCAGGAAUUAGCUUUGAUUCGCUUCAAUUAUGCUAAAUGUAGAUAAUGGUAGAAAUAAAAACCCACAAAACUAAUUCUGAGUGCUCCCGAGGGGCUAACAGGGAGAUUACAGCAGAUUACAGAAUUGGAAGAAACCGUUAUUAUAGGUCAUUAAAUUUUAUAAAUUUAUAAGAAAACAUGUAGGACAGCCAACUUCAUUAUCACAAACAAAAUUUAAAAAGUCUUCUUAGAAAAUGUUUUCCCACCGACUUUGUACACACAGACAGACUUUAAGGUUGUGAAGCUCCAAAACCUGAGCCUGUAAAAAAGAUCAUUUUAACACUUACACUGGAUAUCUGUCUGAUAAAAAUUUAGAAUUAUGUUUCCUUUGCCUUUUCACUGAUACGUAUUUUCUGAUACAUAAUAUUACCUAUGAAGUGAGAUUACAGACUGUUUUUGGUUUUAUCUCCUGAUUUACAUCAAAUAAAAACAGCUCUGCUGUUGUUUCCACACUGUCACUGAAAUGUGUCUAUGAUACUGAAUUCUGAUCGGUCAAAACUGUAGACUGUAUAUACUACGGACCUCGGUUUCCGCGAUUUCUCUUCAUUUCCUAAAACUAGCAUUGCGCAGUAGCAUUGUGCGCAUUCGGCGGGAGAGUCACAGAGGGACCCUCAGCUCAAACACAGUAUCCCCCGGGUGAGCUACGCAAUCCCUGAACGCCAGUAGUCUGUAUCAGGUGUCAAUCAAAGAAAACAUGACCCCCCUAAUAACUUUUUAAAAAAAGAAAGAGGACUUUAGCACAAACCAGUUUGCGGUGUUGACCAGUCAUGUCAACACUGCAAGCAGGGGGGAGAAAAAUUUAUAUUCUGUGUAAUUAAUUUCUAAAGUUUGUCCACAGCCGCAUAAAUUUUGCUGGGGGAGGCGGGAUUUAUGACCUAUACUGCAGCCCGUCAACAGAGGGUGCUGUUUUCACCCAGCAAGGAGGCAGAUGCUGACCAUUUUAUAUACAGGCUAUGGUCAAAACCCCAAAUGACUAUUAUUAAUUCCCAAUAUAGCAAAAGUGACUGCAGAGACAACUGACCAUACAUGUCAUAUUGAAUCAAUCAAGGAAGAUGUUAAACCACAUUUCCCUCUUGCCUGUUGACACUGUGGCAAAAAUGCUGAAUCUUUAGUUGGGGGUUCAGGGUUUUGGUGUGUUGAUCUGAGCUGACAUGUUGGGGCCGGUUUUGUAACAAUGACCCGAAAUGUAAUGGAACCCAAAAUGUGACAAAAUACUAAGCCCCAAAAUUUAUAACUUUUUUGUUUUAUUAAAUAUUUCCUUUUUUACAUUUCAGGUCAUUGUUACAUUUCGGGUCAUUGUUUCAUAUCGGGCUCUAACACGUUACAAUAUCAUGUUCUUGCCUCACAGUAACCAUGGCCUUGAAAAAUUGCAAUAUUUACAGCAAACCUGAAAAUAUAAAAUACAAUCAUUCAAACUUAGGGAAGGCAAGACAAGGGUGGAGCGACAUAUCAUUUACUUCCAAGCAGCAGCUGCUUCUUUGUCUCUCCACUGUUUUAUGACCUGUGGUGGUUAAAGGAUACUGCUCAGGCGCAUUAAGAGUGAGAAAGACUUUUAGAGUACCACUUUGCUAACAGGGCACGCAAAGCCAAAUAAAAAAAAAAAAAGGAAAUCUCUCACAGGAGCUCAAAGAAACAAAUACUUACAUGAAUGCUUUCAGGCUGCAGCUUUAACUUUCUUCCCCAGCGUCUGCCUGAAAUCAAACAUCUAACAGGUUCAGUCAUGUAUUUUCCUCUUUUAUCGCAGCUCUGGACCUGUAACAUGUCCCAGGACUGUCUUGUGAAGAGGUUAGGAUGGACUCUUUAAUCUUCGCUUUCUGUCCCUGAACUUUUCUGAGAGUUCUUGGCUGUUAUCAGACGUGUGGGAUCCUCUUACCGCCGUGUUUGAACAAGCCAAAUUGUCACUUUGGCCCUCUUUCAGGUUUAAAUCAUAUUAAGAUAAAAGAAAUGUCCUCCCAUGCAACAUUGUCUGACUGUGUCAGCUUCAGAGAGGAAAUGUAGCAUGAAAAGAUGGGAAUGUCCAGCUCAGAAGUAAUCUGCUAAAGUGAUAAUUUUCAUAUCCCAAGUCUAUUUCUGGACUUCUAUAUGUGCAGCUGCAGAUAUUAAAGCAGUUGUUCUCAUGUCUCACACACAGCUGAAAGCCACAGUACAGUUUAAAAGAGCCCAGACUGCACAUCGUCAGCUCUCAGAUAUUUGUUUUUACAGUUUAACACACUCAGACCUUUUCAGCAUCAUAAAUAAACUCUCUGACACCCAAAAACUGAGCUGAACCGGGAACACGCUGAGCUGAGUGUUCACACAGCUGAUCCACAGGGUUUAACCUGAGGAAAUAAAGUCUUGAUGAUAUUAACAGUCUGUAAACAUUUCUAUAAUGAAACUUAUAUUGGCCAUUGAGCUAAAGGGAAACUGCAAUGCUAAAAAAAGAACACUUGAAGCCCCAAAGAUUAGUCAGUGCCCUGAGUUUAAAUGCCGAGAUUUACAGAAGAAAUAAACAUAUGAAACCUGCUACAAAAUCCAUUUGGUCAAAAAUCAAUUUUUGGCAAUUCCAUGAAACUAAGGCUCCCCACACACGAGGACGCUCCAAUCCACACAAAAUCCUGUAGUACAUACCCCCGGCCUAAAGGUGACACUGUGAAAAUGCCACAAAGCACCAAAAACAGAGAAUGUGCAUGCGCAUACAUACAUGCUGUGUGUGUGACAACGUCGGUUGGGGGGCGGAGAGGAGGAGGGGUGCUAUGAGGUCACCAUCUUUUCUGGACUUAUCUAUUAAGACCAACUACGGCGUGAAGACGAAUACCCAGAUAUCCACCUGCAGACCCGUUUUCAAAAAAGAUGCAGUGUCAUGGAAAAAUACGCGUCUCCGUGUGUCAAUACCACCAGAUCGAUAGUUUAUUUUACAGGUGUCUUACCAAUUCGUACUCGUGUAAAGACCACCUAAAAACCACCCAUUCUACACCCAGCAGACACCAUGCACCUACGUAGAAGCCUUUGCACAUAGUCCACAAAGCACUUCCUCAAAGAAGUUAUGACAUGUAGAUCACAGAGAUUGUUGGCCUUGUGAUUAGUCUUCUGUGUAGUGCUCACAACAGCACUGGUCAUUAUGAUGUGGCUACACUGAGGAGUAAACACUGAUGUAUAAGCUUUUGAAAAUUACCUCACUGGUCAAGUAAAAUGCAUCGAAGUUAACAGUUUAUCUUAUAGUGUAAAAAACAAAAGGCAUCCCACAAGGCUCCCUACUGGAUCCUCAAUAAUUCAUAACGCCGAUGAUUCAUUUAUAUGCAGACAACAUGGUUUUAUAUACACACGUCUUUGUCCUCUUCAGCAAGUGCAAUUAAUAGCCCAUAAUCAGCUGCUUACAUUGUUCAGAGGAAUCUUUAUGACGUGUGUCUCAAUAAUGUGUCCUAAAUUACUGAUAACUGGAUGUUUUUCUGGACAAAUGUUUGUUUUUUAUCAUCAUAUCUCAGACUCAUGUCUCCAAUUUGCUAGGCCGUUUGAGGGCAUAAACCAUCCUAAAAACACAUAAAAAAAAUACCCUGUAUACAUUCAUAUUAAAAACACUCACAGUAAGCUUUGCUAACUUCAAUGACCUGUUUAACACACUAAUUUGCAAUCAUAGCUUGUCCUUUUCUCUGAUUUUUUUUUUUACAUGGAUGUUAUUCUUUUAUAAUGAGGAUAGUUUUUUUUUAUGAGGUUUAGUUUCAGGAAAACACUUCAGCCUAAUUCAUCUAAUUCCUCCCUCCUCUCUCCUUGAUCCUGUCUCCUUUGAGCACCCUAAAGAGCUUUUAGACACCUCUUGUCAUGGCAAACCCCAAACCACUUGUGAUUCAGUAGAGGACAGAAGGACUGAGGACUAAAGAAAUAUCAUUUAGAUACUCAAGGAUGCAGGACAAUUGCGCUCACAGUGACGUGCAUCAAACUCUGGCAUGCACUAACUCCCAGUGCGAGGGCCUUUUCAAGCUGCUGCAGCUUUAAUUUAUUUGUCUGAUCUGAAUAAAGUAACAAAUAAAUGAGUAUAAUGCGUCAGCUGAUAAAAAUGUAAUAUAACUUGGGGACAGAACAGUUUUAUAAACAUUUGUGAUUUAACAUGUAUCUUAAAAAAAAUAUCAGCAAUACACUGGGGAGAAUUUUAUCAUUUAAGAAAUGCGAGGUUUUGUUUUGAGGGUUAAAUUCUUGAGACCAGAGUUCAGAGUUGUGCUUAAUAGGAGAUAUUUACGGCAUAUUUUAUGAUACAUGUAUGAACCCAGUGGCUAAAUGUGAUUUUUUUCUCACAUAUACAAACUGGACCAUUAUCUGUUUCUGAACAUAGCCAAUUAGUUGGUGCCUGAACCCAAACUGUGUUUGUUUUAUUGAAUCAGAGUGUUUAUUAUUGCUGCCAUUACAACAAAAGCUUAUGAUAAUUGCUACAUGACUGCAGAGGUCACCUGACUUUGUCCCUUCUGGACGUCCAAACCUCAUACAGAGUGGCAGCCUUCAAGGACACACUGAAACCUCACAGUGCAAAUAAAUACCAGAAUAAUGUUGCACUCUAUUUAUACUCCACCCCCUGAGAUCCCUUUGUACUCUUCACUUCAGAGUAUUUCAGGGCUUCGGUCCACUCCGUGUUUGUUUAUAUGAGCCUGAGAGAGGAAUCUCUCCUUUUGGCCCGGCGCUGCUCCUUCCCUCUGAGCAGCCGGGUCAAAGCUCUCAGGCUCAGUUUGGGGGAAGCCAGCACCAUCUGAACUGCAAAGAAAACACUGAAUCCACUUCAGGCUCCGUCCGAACUUUAUGAUAACACCGAAUUAAUCGGCUGGAAUCUGCUGGCGCAAUCAAAUGUAGCCUUAACCCUGCACCUCCAAGUAAUUACACGUUCAGGACAGAGAAUAUGAACUGUGUUUGGGGGAAAUUGUUGCUCCACAUGAACAAACAACACAGAGGAAGUGUUUACAGCAAGUCUGGGCAGAAACUGCUGACAUGUUUUGUGUGUUGGGGUUUUGUCGCGUUGUGCAGGAUACGGAGUUUGUUGCUUUGCUUGUGGCACUGUCUGUAAUGAAGGAGUUUGUGUGGAGGGCAAACAAACGCUGAGCUGAGGUUUGGGGUCUGAGUCCUUCUCUCUGUGAGGAUCUCAGGGGAGGUCGAGUCUGGACUGUAAGUGUCGACAUCAGGUGGAAGUUCAGCUUGAAGUGAAGUCUGUCUGCGACUGUGUUAGUUCACCUCAAUAACAAAAUAUACAUCCUAUCUAUGAUCUGGUUGUGAUGUCCACACAGAGCUUAAUGGUUAAUGCCAGGGCACACUGUGCAAAAGACAAAGUCACAGUCAUGGAGAUGUCAAAGUAGGUAAGUCCAAAAUAAGAAGUAGAUGUUAAACAUAUUAACACAUGUUGGUUUGUGACGUGCUUCACUGAAACCUUUUAUAAGUUUAGCAAAGUUUUGCAAAGCCUUCAAAAUGCCACAUGCAGGUGUUGAGGUGUUUCACUGGAGUCUGACGGGUCAUGAUCAGCAGGUUGAGCUGCAGUACUGACAUCUAUAUCUGCUGAUGAAAACACAGAAUAUAACUAACUAUAACAUGUCAAAGCUCCCUCAGGUCCACAGCAGAACAACUUUUCUCUCCUAUAGAUGUGGUUUCAAAUAUUUGUAAGAGCGAUUCACAUGCAUUUGAACAUAUAUUCAGAUAUUUAAAAAACAAACUAAAUUUUGCACCUUACAAAAAGGGGAAUAAAACAUCUCCUUGCAACUGAUUGUCAUGUUACAGGCUUUGCAGCAGCAUUAUAACCUUCCCUGUGCAUGAGAGACAGUCACAGGAGUCACAACUUUACUGAUAAGAAACUUCAUAGCCCAACAGAGCUGCAGACAGAGUGAGUCGAGUUUACGUUAGCUGGUAUAUCCUGGUUUAAGGAUGGGUUUGCAUGCUGUUAUCCAGUAGAUAAAGCAAAUUAAGUGAGUUUAUCAUUUUAUUAAUGUCCACAUUACACUGUAACGUGAGAGUUACUUUCAUGGUAGCAUUGCCUAUAGUUUAAGUUAGCAGUAUUACCUGCACAUCAGUUUUACACAGCAGAGCAUGUCUAAUUUAAUUCAGUUUGUUUCUUCCUUGUGAAACACACCAUUGAAUAAAUACUAAUUAUCUUUAUUUCUAGAGCACUCUCAAGAGCCUCACAUGGCAGCAAAAAGAAAAGAGUAAAAUAAACAUUUUUAUUGUCUAUUGCUGCAUUCCAGUUGUACUCAGAAGUCAGAGUUUCCUAGCUUUAUGCCAGAACUUCAUCUGGAACGCCCCCGUGAGGUCAGAUUGCUGACUUAGAAAGUUGAACAAUCCUCACCGACCCUGACUUGAUGACAACGUCAUAAUCCAAGAUGGCAGCGCAGUGCAUCAACAGUAAAGAGUAACAGUGAAAGCUCUCGUAAUGUAUUAUUUAUUAGCGCUUCUGUUUUGUUUUUGUGAAAUUAAAUAAGUGGUUGAUGUUGUGCUGCCCAACGUCUAACUGUGAAUACGGUGCGAUGGUGUUUGUAAGAGUAAAAUUCUGUGUUAUGCGUUGUUUACAACUGGUAUCGCUAACAACAACUGACAACAGCUAACAACAACUAACAAUGAGUAACUUUUGGCAUCCAUCUUUGUUUUCCAACUUGUUAACUAGAACGCUGCCGACUCGGGUGUAACGUCAUUCCCAGCUCUGACAUCCGACUUUCGAGGUAACUGGAAUGCAGCAUAAAACUAAUAUUGUAUUUAAAUGAAACACGAAACCAGGACACUGCUAAAGACACUUCCACCUGCAGUUUGGUUUUAAUGGGAUUUGAUAAAACUUGAGCAUUAGUUGUCAGCUGUUGGUUCGACCCUUUGCUGCGUGCCUCUCCCCUCCUCAUUUUCCUUUCUUUCUUUAUAUGUGUUAUGCAUAGAAGCAUAAAUGCAUAAAGCCAUCUUAAAAAGGAGAUGAAAUGAUUGAAUAAAAGGAUUCAAUAAGCUGCACACUCAUGUUACCCACAAGAUGUUAUCUCUCAUGUCAGAGGAAACCAGUAAAGAGGAGGAGCGAUUAGAUCUGCUAUUUCUGGUCUUCGAGCUGCUCGCUGUCGUGUUAAAGAACAUGAUGAACUUAAGAUUAAGUCUGGAGUUUUAUAUGAUCAUUUUCUCUGUGGUGCAAUGCCUGUCACUGAGAUGAGGUGAAAGCUGCAUGCUUUGAUUCGAUUUGUAGAAUCAGCGUUUUCUUGCUGCAGAUUGAAUGAAGUUGAUGAGAUGUCAGAGCCUUAAAACUCCGCUUCUCUCACCUGAUCAGCGUCCUCAGAUCAGGUGAGACUCUAUAAAUGUUAUCCAAUCACUGGUCAUGGUUGAACCAAACAGAUUUGUCUCGCCAACAGAUGGACCACCAACAUCCAGGAGGUAAACAAAGAACAAACACAACACUCCAAACUAAACAAGAGCACAGUGAUCACAGCUGCAGAAGGAAACACUUUUAUUUUUAUGUUAAAAUUAAGCUUCAAAUCUUUGUCCUUAGUCUAACACAGUAGGUUUUAAUCUUCAACACACAUCCUGCUAUUACGUAUAAACAUAAAAAAAAAAAAUUCUUCACUAUGUGUGGCAUAUGAAUAAAGAGAUCAUUUCCAAAGCUUUUCAUUUGAAAUAUAAUUGGUUGAAUGUAUUUUUUUAAAGUGUAUUUAUUUAAUUUUUUAAUCCAAAGGCUGAACUGACAACUCUGAGAUGUCAUUGUUUAAUAAGAUUUGUAAGGUAAUUUAAAGUUUUACUCUUACAUAUCAACAUCACAUGAGGAAACUUCAUUGCAUCAAAGAUAAUCAGACAUCCCUAAAAGAAUAUUAUUUUCUUAAAUAAGAAAUAAAAUCAUAAAUAUUACCAAGGGAAGAGCGAUACAUCACAUUCAUAAUUAUUGUUUAAACUGUAUUCAUUAUUAUUAUAGCAAGGGCUCUAUUUUCAUGCCUUGCCAGCGGUGUGAUGCAGGUGGGGUAAGUCAGGUCCACUGCGCCAACGAGACUUGCCAAGGCACACUUGGUGAGCUGCGGUGCAAGUACCCCCCCUAUCCCUAUCUCAGCUCCUCCCAGUGGUGCAAGAAGGAGAGAGGGAGGGGAUAAGGCGUGGAGUGGGUUUAAUACAGCCGAGUUUGAAUUUCACCAAUCACAUCCGCUGCUCUUCUCACCUUUAAAUGCACCAUCGACAAAGUAUAUUGCAAAACUUGUGAAGUAGUCGAAGAGAUGACUGAGGACAGCAACACCACAUAGUGGCAACUGAAGUGUCGCAGUAAGUCCUGUGGAGGACGUCAUGUCCUUCUCACUUUCUCAAAUACCCAUAGAGGGAUUUGGUGAGUGCGUGGUUGGGCCCAAGGGUAAGACAAACACCCUUUUCACAAAUAAAAACACUCACAUCAACUUGCAUAUAUUUAAAUCCCAGGUGACAAAGGUGGGUUGUGUGCACAAGGAAGAAGGGGAAAAGGAAGAGGAAGAUGAAGGGGGUUUAAUGCAGUUUCAGCUGUGUUUACUCGGCUAGGCUGAGUGUGUCAAACACGCUCAUCAGAUGAGAUAUCAAUCAGAAUGUAUCGAUAUAGAUCUAAGUGUAUGUGUUCACUCAGAUAGCUGCACCGACUGUUGGCUGUUGUUGAUAAUUUGUUGCAUUGAAAUGUGCCUGACACUGAGGAAACCUGCCGGUGAGGCAUCGGUGACGUGUGGGCACUGCUGCGCUGGUCUAUUACCAAUUGACCAGCCGCCCUCCGCCUUGUGACAAUAGCUGAUAGGUUUGAAUCAGCUAGCUGUCAGUGCACUUUCUGUGCUGUCGGUGGGCACGAAAUUGUCAAUGGGCCGGCUGAUUCUGUCAACAACUUUUUAAAUGAGACCCCAGAACAUUUGAAGAGUCCAGCAUAGAUACAUAGUGAAAAUAACAGAGCAAAUAUGUAACCUUUGUAACCUGCAGGAUGAAGCUGGGAUAUUCAAGUCCACUUCACAUUUCCUCAGUGCAUUGUUAUAUUUUACAUUUUGAUAUUUUUACACACCCGGUUUGAGAUGAUUGAAGCACCAAAGUCUGAAUAUGCUGGGUCCGACACAGUGAUGUGUGUAGUUUGUUAUCUCAGUUUAGUCUACCCCUUCAGCAGCUCAUGCUUUGUUUUGACGAGGUAAAUGUAUCCUGUGGACCGUGGGUUGUGUCAUUAUACAAUACAUUAACCAAGAAAGAUAAAUUUUACUUUGAAGAGUAAAACUGUAUUAAGUGUGUAAAGCAGCGUUAAGCAUUCAGUGAGUCAGGAUCUCUGGCUGGUGCGUGAUGCAGACUGAAGCUGUAUGUAAGCUCCUGGGUUCCUCUAAAUCUGAAAGGUCCUAAAGUCCUGAUAGUCCCACUCCUGACAGAGGGAGGUCUUUGGGUUUACAUACCUGGCCCACCAGGUAUCAAUUAGGAUCUCUCUGCUCAGUCUGCCCUCUCUCUUCUUCGGUCAGUAAAAUCUCGUGUAAAAUCUACUUCAGAAAGGUGUCAACAAAAACUCCUCCAUCCCUUUAAUUCUGCGGAUGUUUUAGCAGCAAGUGAAGAACCAUGUUGCAUUCCCGUCUUUCCAUUUGAAGUCUUUGGUUGAGAGGUAGUGAGAUAAGAGGAUUUUUCAAUUUUAGUGCAGAUCUGCUUUGCACUAUCAGUUAGCUAAACUCCAUCUGCAGAGAAACACCGUCAUGCUGUAAAUCACAACUCCAGCGUUUCUGUUUCCCAUCCAGAGAGGAUCAACAUGUGUCCAUAUGAAUGUAAGCAUUUCAAAACAAACAGCAGCUCCCCAUCCCAGUGUAAAUCUGCUGCUAUUUCACAACAUUUUUCCUGCUGCAGUUUUAUGAUCAUCACUCACACUCAGCUGACAGCUCGCAUUAAACAAAUAUUUAACUUACACACAUUAAACUCUGAGGAAUGUGGAUCAAACUCCACCAUGUCAGACCUCACACCCUCACAUCUACAGAGAUCAUCAGGACGCAGACAUCAAUAUGAAAUGUAAAGAAUCAUCUAAAGGAUAAGGAUGGAAAACGAUUUCUCUGUGACUCUGAUCCCACCUCAAGGUUCAUUUUAACAAUAAUCACGCAAAAAUUAAAGAGUUAAAAUGUCAGGAGUGAUUUCUUCAGAAGUUUUAAAUAGUUUAAAGUUUGUGUAAAAAGGGGAUUACAUAAAGGGAGCCUGUGGUUUAGACAAAUAAAGGCAUAAAAAUUCUCUCAACACUUGGGGUGGUUUUGAAUAUUUUCUGUCCCUGCCUGUUCAAAACAGACAUCAAAAGCAUGCCAGACCCAUAGGGGGCGAUAAAGUGCAAUUAGUCUGUCAUGACAAACAUCAGAAGAACACUGCGCAUGUGAGCGUCUUAAUAGUGCUCUUUAAACUGUACAUGAAGAGGGGAAUCUUAGACUCUCUCACAUUAUACUUUUAUUCGCCCACGGGCUGAUAAAGCGUGAUGAUGAAGUAAAGUGAAGUUUCUUUGCACAGUAACCCGAACAGUAUCGAGGAGUUCUGAACUGGUAGCGCUCAAUUUUAGCUUAUGUGCAAUACAGACAGCUCAGAUCGGCCAAUCAGGAGAACUGAACGUUUCCAGAGGGCGGGGCCUUGCCACCUGAGUGGUGGUUUCCACAGUCUCCAUUGUGUUUUGUGACACACAUGAGACAUCUCGAAUUCGCUUUGCUAACUUGAUUCACAUGUGUGUUCAUGAUUCGUUGGUCAUGAACAACUCGACUUUGACUCUCCUACAUGAAUGACGUGAGCUUUCUAUUUGAGAGCUGCCGUCCUUUUUACCGUCUCUGUUGCAUUUAAUGUCACGACAGAUUAAUCUGCUCAGCCUCAGACACUCCAAACCUGUGAUAUGAAGAGCUGAGAGAGUCGGCUCUUACAGCUUAGCUUUGCAAAAUGAUCCGGGCUUUGAAAAGAAGCCAAAAUUCUCAUCACAACUUCAGACUCUCUUGACACCAGGGUAAAACUAUGGUGACCAUAUUCUGAAUCCCUAAAAAGAGGACACUACUACACGGGGCGGCGUCAUGGAGUCAUGUGUAGUUAAUUUUGAGAGUUUUUCGGGUCGGGUCGAGUGUUUUUUUAUGCACUUCUAACUCAGUCCACACGAUACAAACUCAAAACUUCCAUACAAACCUUUGGACAUUUAAAGGAUUUUAAAAACUCCCCCGGAAAAGUCCAGUCAGCCCCCCAAAAGAGGACAUGUCCGGGUAAAAGAGGACACAUGGUCACCCUGUAAAAACUAUCUGUCCCCUCUCCCAGAAAGUGCAGGCUGUGUGAGUGAAUUACCGUCACUCUUCUUUUGCUUGAUCCCGUGCAGCUCUAUAACCACUCAGAUCAACUGUUUGUCUUGUAGUUUGCUCAAUUUUACUAAACCUGUCUUCUGUUAAAGUUAGAGUCCCUGUUCAGUACAUCUAGGAGCCACUUUGGGGCCUCUAGCCAGAGUUUGAGCCCCGUCACAACAGAUGACAAAUUUCUGAAAGGAGGAAACAGACGAAGAGAUUAAUCUUCUGUUCAAAGGUCAGUGACUCAGUGAGCAGAGCAGACAGACUGUUAUCAGCUGGAAGAAACCCUCAAAAUGCCGAAGAGAAAAAAAAAAAGACAUCAGGAGGAGUAAGAGAUGGUGGGAGAGAUACGAGAUGAAUAACAGAGGAAAGUGAGGAGGUGAGAGGAGUGGAAGGAGGGACUGAGGGGGAGUAAAAGAGGGAGAGAUUCCCAGUGGGUCGUGGCCGAGAGCCAAACUGAGCAGAACUUCACAGAGCUUCUUGGAAAACACACAUGCACACACACACACAAACACACACACACACACACACACACACACACACACACACACACACACACACACACACACACACACACACACACACACACACACACACACACACACACACACACACACACACACACACACACACACACACACACACACACACACACACACACACACGCUCUACCUUGGUGUAUGGCCAGUGAGCCUCUGAGAAGCUCAAACUUUCAGCAGGUGUUAACCCCUCAAACCCCGGAGCAUAUUCUGACAUCUGGGAGUGUCUCUUUUCAAGACGAAAAUAGAGGCCCCCAGAUUUACAUCCAUGAUGCUUUAAUAUGGUGUUCAUAAAUGAUCUUGAAAGGAGGGACUGGUUAUCACAGAUGUGUAAUAAAAGACCAACUAUGCUCCCCUUACAUAAAAAUAAACAGAUCUGUAUGUUUGAAACAAUGUAGUUGCUGCAGUGGCAGUAUUACUAACAGGCUGAAUCAGAGGCGACAUCACCAACAGUAGAUGCCAUUUAAACACAUCACACCGUAAAGACAGAGUAUUCUAGCCUUUUUAUAAGUUUGGUUGUAUCAGAUACUUAUUUAUAGUAUAUGUUUUACCCACAGGGAGUCCCAGUAUUGUCCCCUUGGUUGAGAAUGUAGCUGAAGGACUGAAACAGAACCUGUGUCUGGGAGUCCCUGAGCUCUGUCAUGCUUUAGGUUCCUCUGAAUCACUGCUGCUGACAUUUAGCUGACAUUUACCUGCCUGCUGUCCAGCUGCUUCAACUCUAUGCAUCAAUCCUUCCUCUGUCCAUCUCUCUCUUUCUCCAUCUCGCUCUCUUCCUUCUCUAAACCCAACCCAAAAUACAUUUUUGUACAAUGCAUUUUUGUAAGUAGAGUAUGGUCUGUACCAGCUUGAGUAGAGCUGAUAUGUAUAAACAGUAAAAAAAGACAAACUUUAUGCCAAAAUGUAGAACUACGAAAAUUAUAAUCUCCAGCGUAAAACUUUGGAUAGCUGGAACAUUUACACCAUCAUUCAGCAUCAUCAACCUGCUAAAACUGUUAAGUAAGAUUACCCUACUUAACUGCACAAUAUUAUAUAUGAUGUGCAAUUUGGCAAUUCUUACCUCAUUUAUCCCACUGACUUAUCCCCCAUUGCAUACAUUCACACCCUGACAGCACCUACUGCAUCACUUGUGUACUUAUUGUGUGUUAAUUGUACUUCUUUGGGUCGAGUGGUCCUUCUCAUCCAGGGCAUUUCAUUGCAUUGUUGACUAUGUUUACCCUGCAUAUGACUAAUAAACCAAUCUUGAUUUUGAUCUUGAAGCGGUAUAGUUAUGACACAGCCAUCUGAGGUCCAACCAAUCAGGGAGUGUUGUGGGUGGAUCAUUAGGUGGUCCAGAGGGAACGACAUAUCAGCAGUGGAGCCAGGGUUUAACGGUCUGUCCCAAGUUUGGAUCCUUCUUUCCAGAGUUUAUGAAUGGACUCAAAGAAAACCCAGUAUGCCUUCAGUGUUGCACCAACUUGCAAAUCACUGUCCUGAAGUUAUUUGCAAGUAAUAACUUCGUCAUCUUAAAGUCAAUUUGUAAUAGUAGUGUUGAUAAUAAACAUGUAACCAGCCCAUGUUUCUAGAGGUUGGGAGCCCACUUUCUGUUUCAGUUCUCUGGCUGAAGGUUUUUAUGUAUUAAAAUAGAAACUAAUGUGAUUUUAAACUUUAAAUCAACUCCCCACAGCAAAGAAAUAAAACCCACAAAGACUGAAUGUAAUCAGCACUCAUCAGAGAUUUACUCCGUUUUCUUGGCUCUGUCACAAACAAUCUUUAUUUUUGUUCAUGAAAGAAGUCAUGUACUAGUAAACACUGAAAGCACCAAAACCUCAGAGUAUCAUCCCUCCUCCUUUGUGGUCUAAAAGACCAUUUUCUCCAACCACAAGCACAGUUUCGUCUUCCUGAACCAAACUAACCCCAGCCGCACUGUCCAUCAUUCGACCAGUGACUCCAUCAUCAAGUGGCGUGCGUCCAGCUCCAUCUGUUCAAACAGGCCGACUAUGACAACACUGUUAUUAAACUGAAUAAAACCCUGACCAUGUUUAUUAUCGCAGUAAAAGGAUAAAGACGUACAGUUAGUGUUACAGACUUGUCUUUCAGCAGAUACCUCAACAGUAUGUCUUCUCUCUGUAGUUUAAUAAGUGAACGGUCUGUCCUCUAACGCUGCAGCUGCUCCUCAGUAUUUAUCCGACACCUGCAGCUGCUCAGAAACCUCUUUCACUUUUAUUUCUGACCCAGUCAAACUCUCUCUGUUUGCUUUCUUUUACUGGGUUUAAAUCCUCUUUGUACAUCAGCAUUAACCUCCUGUGGGCCUCUGCAAGUUUCUUUUAAACACUCACACAGCAGAGUUAGUGCUUGCUUUGCCUUAUUUGUCUUUAUCCUUAGAUGAAUCUGUUUAACUUAUUCCCUGUUUACUUCAUGUCUGUUUUCUUUUAUUCUCUUUUUGUUUAGGCCAGUCGACUUCUGGUCAGUUGUGGUCUUUUUGAGUCCUCUCGAUUCGUAUCAGCAGUCUGAUAUUUAAAAAUAGCAGACUUGUUGAAUUUGACCAGUCAGAAUCAAGGACAUUAAAAAAAGGAUUGUACAGCUUUUGCACCUGCUAAACCUGCAAACAAACCAAAGAAACAGAGUCUCAUUAAUGAAAUCUGAGCAGAGCAAGUUUGUGUGACAACUACAGAAGAAAAAUUUUUGUAGAAAAGUUCAUCAAUAUUUUAGUAGCUCUGAUCUCACAGGGUUUUAUCCUGGAUUAGACUGUAAAACACUAAAUCAUGACUACAGCAGCAUCUAUUUGAUGUCUCCUGAAACUUCCCAUCAGGACAGGAAGGACCGUUAUCAUGUACUGUAUGUGUGAACAUUAACUGUACCAAGAACUUUUAGUGCCUGGAAAUUCUGUUUCAGGAACUAAAUGGUUCCAUGUGUCUCAUUCAGUACAUUUACAUGCACUGUUGAGUCGAGCUGCGGCUCGACUGAACAGCUGCUUCAUAGAGUCUCUGCAGAUUUUUUCUUACAAAUAAAGCUGUCACAAAUCAGCUGGUUGAUUAUUUAAUAACAUCAGGUUACUGUAAGUAUUUGCUCCUGUACUGUUGUCCUUUGGUGCCUCUACUUGUGUAACCCUCUCUCUGCUCAGCUGGUGUCUGUGUGUAAAAUGUAUACCAGCUUAUAAUGUAAAAAAGUGUUUCCUUAUCAGACUAUCCUUGGGAACUGUUAAAACACUCAAAAACAUCUGAGUUAAAAAAAUAAACAUGAACCGCAUCAAAAUUCAUGUAUAUACAUAGUUAUACUGAUCUGAUAACAUAAGGUUAUGUAGGAUAUAAUCCUGAAUCUGAAGUCCUGCCUCCUCUGUGCAGCUGUUUAUUUUAUAUGUAAAUUAACUCAUUCAGUGCCAGGUUCAUUUAUGCAAUUUUCAACCAGUGCCACCUUUGACCGCAAUAGAAAUGUAUGCACCUUUCAGGAAACCUUAAAAAGAUCUCAAAAGAAAGGGGUGAUUCUCUUCUUUCACCUGAAAAAAAGUAAGUCUAUAACCCACUCCUUGCCUGCUCAAUGCAGUGUGGUCAUGUCAUCUUUGCUGACCUGGAAAAAUAAACCUGGGAAAAACGCAUUUUUAGGAAGGAGAGACUGUAAACCACGGCGACGUAAACCACACGGACUGCUUGCAUCCUCCUCGACAGGAAUGUUGCUGAAUUCCGUCUCAGUCUCGCUGACCAGUACCUGCACCGGCGGCACAAUGACACACCGGAAAAUUGUUUCUUUGAUUGUUGCCUGACAAUGUGAAGGUCCGGUACCAGGAUCUCCACUGGAUCCAGAGACGGUAGCACCGUGCCCACAGGAGCUGAGCGCCGAGAGCAUUAACUCUUGGCUAAUGACUUUGGCAGUUUCCUACUCUCCUCAUAGAGAAUAAACACUCCACAACAAGGCUAACUGGCACACUUGAUGGCAAACUUCCCACUGGCGAGUACUUGUUUUUUGUCAUUGUAACAUGGUUAUGACGUAUUUGUCGGCUUUUCUGCAUUCAGACCCCAAACUUAAACCCCCCCAAAAAAUCAGUCCUAAUCUGUCAUUGGCACUGAAUGAGUUGAGGACCUGUGUGUUUUCAUGUAUAUGAAAUUAUCAGGCCUUGCCUUCCUAAGUCACUGGGCCAACCUGUGAACAUGGACUUUUCGAGAGGUACGACUAAAGUCAGACUCCAGUUUCUGAUGUUGGAGCACACCAACUUCCUUAACAAGUCCCUGUAGUUUUUGGGGGAAGUUCCUGCAGUUGAAAAGGAUCAUAGGAGGCACUUGAGUCUGAAGACUGAGAUUGAAACUAAGAUAGCUGCCGAGAUUAAAUCUGGAUUCUACCACGGGUUUGAAUUCUGUUCAGAGGAACAAAGAGACGCUCAAAUUUGAGGGUAAAGAUGGGAUUUAGCCUCACAGUGUUAGUCCAAUUACACUUGUAGCCUUAAACACUCACACACACACACACACACACACACACACACACACACACACACACACACACACACACACACACACACACACACACACACACAGACACACACUCCUGUGUUGACUCAGUCCAUCUGGUUCUGAUUGUGGUGAGAUGAUUGAGAUGUUUGUCACAGCUGAAGUGGUGACCCACAAAUGUAAGACACACACACACACUCACACAUAUAAACAGUGUAUAUAUGUCGCAGCAUUCACCGACACUCACUCAGUCACUUACACACAUUUCCACAGAGCUGUGACCCAGACUGUCAGUGUUAAACAGACGGCUGGAGGGUCAUUAGAAGGAGAAACAUGUUGGAAAAACAUUUACAGAUGAAGACGUAUGGACAGAAUCAGGAACUUUUCUCUUCUCCUUUGUUUUCUCAUCAUUUAUGUUCAGCAUGGUCCUGCCUGUAACCGUUUCUGGUUUUAGUUUGAUCAUUAAAAAUAAAAGAUUUAUGUGAGUCAUGAUAUUUCAAAAAGUUCCUCAAAAAAAUGUUUAAAAGUUUAGGAACAGCUGGAUUUAUUUGAACUGAAUAAUGACAGACCUGCUUUAAAUCAUCGAGAAACAUCGAAAUUUCAACACAACUAGAAACGUGACAAAAAAUCUGAGGAUUUUUCCCAAAAAUAAACACUGUUUUAACAAAUGGAAACUAGAUCUCAACAAAACCAGAGGAGGUUUGAGAAAAGACUUUUCAUCAGGGUAUAAUAUUUCAACAAAGUCAGAAAACGCAGCACAAAAGCACAUAUUUUAUAGAUGAGCCUUCCUGAUUAAAGGGAACCAGCUCAUAUGAAGCAGAAGAACCAUCAAGAUUGAUGCAGCCAAAAAGGUCAUAAUCAGGUCAGGCCAAAUACGAUCAUCUGUUUUAAAUAAAUUACAAAGAGCUUCAGCAAUUUAACUAGGGAAGAUGUAAAAUUUGUUUUCUAUAAAGCGUAAAACUGUUUUGGAUCCAAAAAUGCAGCUGCAACAAUAUAACAGAUGAAACCCACAGUGAGGAAGAUGAGGCUGCAGAAGAGAGUUUAUAGAUGCAGUUAUGAUGACAUGUUGCUAAGACCACUGUUGCAUCCGCCAAGCUGGUGGUGCCAUAUUCUGACAGCUUUUCUCCCUCACCAGGUCAAAAUCAUGUAAUUAAACUGAAAAACAUGGAUUUUAGGGGACACACUAACAGACAGAGGUGGACACUCUGUCAACCUUUCAGCUGUUAACAACGUUAACUUUGAUCAAGUUAAUAUUUGAAAGGUUUCACCGUCUAUCUCCUAAAACAAAGAGUGCAGUGUGCAGAAUACAGCAGCAACCAGGGGUUCCCUCUUUCUGGUACUCCAGUGUUACACUGAAGUCUUCUCUGUGUUUAACCAGCAAUAAACACUCUUACAACUAUUGCACAUACACACUUUGCACACACAGGCACAAACACGCACACACCUGUCACUGGGCUUGGCUCCCUGGGCCUGUUGGUCUUUCUCCAAGGCCUCCUUGAAUCAAAACUCUUGCCAUUAGCUGCAUUUACAUGGGCACAAAUAAUCGGAAUAGAUGCCCGUGUGUCAUGUAAACAUGUCAAUCGGAAGAUCUGAAAGCUGGAAAUCGGAAAGAAAUUGUAUUACAGUGGUGGUUUAGACCGAUCAUCAUUCUGAAACACGUCCAUGUAAACAGUUAUUCCAAUCGUGACUCUCUUACCUGACUCGAUCUUCACUCUUUAGUCUUUGGCUUAUUUAUUGAGGUCAGUUCAGGAGGUUUCAUAAUUAACACUCUGGCAAAAACACAACUGCAGGUACCGUGUCUGCUCCACCGGUAACAUAACAAGGCUUACAUACAGCGUAAUGAUGUCACAUGUGCACGCUCAGUGCCACCUUUGACAGAACUGUAAAUUAAGUGAGCAAGGGCGCCAUCUUGACAUUGACAUCUUGACAACAUUUAACAGAGGGAAAACUCCUGAAUUGAAUGGAGUGAGCCACCACAGCUUUUGUUGGUUUGUUGACAGCACAUGCGUAAAUACAACUCUUCUUCUCCUGCAAUUGACUUGGCGAGAUCAGACAACUCUGUGCAUGUCCAAGUGCUUCUAAUCUGAAUAAAACUUGCUGCAAGUAUAUGCACAUCAUGAUCGGAUUAUUUGAUUUCGCGCACAUAUAAACAGUGGAUUCAGAUUUUCUUAUCCCUCAAAUUCUUUAUCAGAUUAAGAAGUUUUUCCCAUGUAAACGUGGCCACUGAUCCAUUUUCAGCUGAGGUCGUGGUCUCUGUCUUCCUGAGCAGAGCCCUCAUAGUUAACCAGCAGAUACUCCAGCUCACCUAUAGAUGAGCUAACAGCUGCUGUACAUAUUCUAACAAUUGUCCAAAUUCAGGAUGAAUGUGAAUCUUCAGCAUCAGUCUGAAUGGAUGACUUUAUAGCAGAGGAACCAUGAGCUCUUUACAGGACUAUUAAUAGGGUUGCACGAUUAUACUGCAGUUUGUGAAAAUAUUAAGAAAGAAUUAUUAGAAUUUUGGAUUUGGCAGACUGUGAGUUUUUGAUUUUGUCAAAGACUGAAUCUGCUUCCUGUUUCUUUUGUCAGUGUAAUAUUGGUUGCCAUGUAAUUGUAAUUGAAAGGACCGUCUAUAUUUUGAGUUAGAGGCAGAUAAAAUUUGAGUUUUCUUCCUUCUGCUCAUUUACAGACACUAAAGUGAUGAAACUGCCAAAUUACCUCAUCAAAGACUUUUGCAAAUUGUCAUGACUGGAACAAGUAAAAUAAAAAUAAAUAAGAUGAAGAUAAGAUGUAAUUCAGGUGAGACAAGAACUAAUGUCUAUCAAGGUCUUAAAACAUUGUGAUGUACCUCUUGUGCCCACAGGGGGCACCAAAAUUAACACGACACAAUCGCUUCUCAAAGUUGAAUUUACACUUUUUAUUCUUCUGUGAUUUUUGGUUGCGGACUGAAGGACCUGUAAAGAUGGCAGAUAUUUUUCUGCAUCAAUUUUUAAUCUCUCUGGGAACCAAAGCGGUUCAGACAUUUGCUUUCACAGCAGUCAGGUGCUCAGACUGAGUCAGUCCUCCUCUCUGCUGACUGUAAACAGAAAAAAAAUAUGCAACAGCAGAGAAAGGGUUUGAUUCACAACAACUUUAAUUGGAUAAUUUUAUUUUUGAAGCAGAGUUCUCGUGCUACUGUCCUGUGGGAACACAAGACAAAAUAACACAGCCGACUUUUUCCUGGUUUUGUAACAGUCUGCUCUGCCCCUCUCCUGCUCUGCUGCUCAGCCACACCCCUAAUCAGCUAACUGCUUCCACCUGCUGCUCUCACCUGCUCAUCAUCUCCAAUCAGGCCAGUAUAUAUGCAGCUUCUUUCCCCUCACUCUUUGCCAGAUUGUCUUCGCUCUCAUGCCUGACUCUCCAGCGUUUAUCCUCGGACUGCUUACCUGGUAUCGACCUGAUCUGCCCCUGACCUUUGCUUCUCGCCUCAGCCCCGGUAAACCUACCUGCCUUCUGUCCUUGACUACGAGCUUUGCCUGCCUGUUUCCUGCUAUUCGUCUGCCUGCGGCUGAAUGGCACUCAGCCUGCUCCUGCUCUGUUGAGAUCCCCCUUCUCGUCAGCUUCACCUCGCCAACUCACCUCCUCUGCCGACGUUGGUUCUGCCAGCUCCUCUGCAAGCUCUGGAUCCUCACCCAGUCCUCACCUGAACCACUCUUCAAGAAAUCUUCCUCCAGCUGUGAGUUGAGCGUUUUCCCCCUUCACUACACUCAUAGAGCAACGUAAGACUGUGGACAAUUCGCUGCUCACGAGCCCAAGAUUCUUGCCUGCCCUGUAGUCCUCUGCUAAUCUGCUCGCCUAACAUCCGGAAGACCCGAGUUCGAAUCCUGCCAUAACCACCUGCUAUACUCUGCUGCUUCAUUGGGUUGGGUGUUAAAUAAAGACUGUUGUUAAAGUGAACCUGCUAGUUUGUGCUGCAAUUGGGUCCAGUCAAUACCUGUUACAGGUUUUCCUGAAAACUACCUUUACACCAAAAUGAGAAAAUGAAAGUUUUCUUUGUCUUUGCUCUUGAUUUAAAAGAAAAUCACCCAUAAACCUAUAAAUCUGGGGGUGAAUUCUAGAGUAACAUACAUAUGUGUUAUGACUAACAGCAGUUUUACACUCAAACACACUUCUUUUCUGCAGAGAUACAAAGACUCAUAUCUAAGCAAGUGAUUACGUCUUCUCUCUAGUUAAAAGUGUAAUUUUAGGUCAGUUUAACCAAACUCAAUAAGUCUAGAAAAAUAUUUCAAGAUAUUACGCCCAAAUAACAAGAACUGCUUUGCUUGUAAUCAGAGCAAUUACAAAAAGAGUUUCUUGUCUUCUUUAAGAGUGCAUUACCUUGAAAGAAAAUAUGGGCUGCUCGAUUACUGCAAAAUUCAUAAUCAAAGUAAUUUUGAUUGAUAUUGGUAUUACAAUUGCCAAAGACAAUUAACCAUUACUGGAAAUUUACAUCGCACACAGCUGCCAAACUUAAAAAUACUCUUUAACACCCAAAAAGUCUGAGUUCUUAGAAAAACCAGAUUAUUUAUUAACGCGUGUCUGUCUGUGUGACUGGAUGAGAUACACUUUUAGGGGGCGGUCAGGCGGCUCAACAUGACGUCUCGGCUGAUUCAAGGACAGUUGUCAACCUGCCUCACACUGAGUGUAUUCAUAGAUCUGUUGCUCACACUCUCUCUAUUAAAGCUUUGAAGAUGAGCCAGUUUUUGGACGACUGAACGUAAACACAUUUGGUCCUUGUAAAAGGGGCAAAAUGAAAGUCGUCUCCUGCAGGUUUUUUCCAUCGCACAACAUGACACCAAAACAAAGUAAUGUGGAGUUCAUGAAGGGUUUCAGAAACUCACAAUGACUGACUGAUACCUGACUGGUCUACAUCACAGCAUUUCUUAUCCUGAUGAACAAGAUCUCUUUAAAGAAGCACAAACCAUUUUUUAAUCAUAUAAAUGAGAACAUUUUAACACUGUUACAUCCCAUAAACACUUCAGAGCACAUUGAACAAGUCAAGUCCAUGUCUGAAAAACCAAGUGUCCCACCUCAGUCACAGAGUAAAGGGAUGCUGGGGGACUGUUUACUCAUUUAAGGCCUAUCGAACCAUAAAAACGGUGAGAACAGCUGGUUGGCGUGCAGUUUUCUGCUUACUCAUAACGACAAACGCCCUUGAGUUCUAGCCCCACUUCCUGAGUAGUAUUAUAGCUGCUGCUGGAAAAAAGUGGAUGUAAAAAUAUGAGUGUAACCAAGAGGAACAAAAGCAACAGCUAAAGUGAGCUCCACAGAGGAGAAAGUGGUGAAGAAAAGAGUCAAGAAAAUAGAUGACGUUAUCAUCAGCUCAGCAAAUGUCUUCUUUAGACCUGAUGCUGCUUUAUUCAGUGUUUUUACUGGUUAUUAUUACUGAGACUGUUUGCUCUGAGAGCAGCAGAUCUCUAAGGAGAAUUUAUAACCUUUUAAAAACUUCCGAAAAACCAAAGCAAAUCAAUCAGGACAGGCUAGAUGACUUAGGUUUUAUUUUGCAAGCUUCAAAUAAGGAUGUGAAAUAUGCAGAGAUACACAAAAAGAGAAGCUUAUGGACCUUUAAAACAUUUUAAGAUACAUGCCAUGAAAAAAAAGCGAUCUCAUAUUAAAAAUGUGAAAUUUUGGGGGGUCCAAAUAAAGAACGAGCUCUUGGCCUUUUGCUGCACUGGCUCUAACAUGGAUCAUGAUUUGAAGCAGCACCAGGGUCUCCCUGGUGAAAAAGGGGUAUCGGAUAUUAAUAGUAGUGCUGACGGCUACAGUUCUCGCAAACAUCUGCAGUUUAAGGCUUUAUGCUUUGCCUCCCCCCUUCACCAUAUUUUAGAGAGAAAAAAUUUAAUUAUGUAUAUUUUUUAUCCAAAACUGCUGUGCUGUCUUGACUGCCUUAUCAAAUACGUGGGAAACUGCUCAGAUUUUGAUCUCAAACAUCGUCAACAACUGCAAAUUAAGGGACAGCAGGACACCUGCUGUUACACAACUGGGAACACAAGUUAAUAUGACAGAUAACAGAUAGAAAUGUGAUGGAGAUAACAGAUGUGAAACCAGCAAUGCUGAAGGGCUCAAAAUCAGUCCAGAGAUGCAGAUGGAGAAAGAGCGGAAACAAAUGCUAAUGGAGCGAGGACAGAGAGAAUAAAGUUCAGACAGCAUACAGAGAGUUAUUCUCCUGUAGUUUUGAACCGGAUCAAAGCCUGAGGCUGUUUUUUUGUUCUGCUGCUCCAUAAAACUCUGAGAUUCGGCCAAAACAUCUGGAUGGUCUGACACCCAGGGACAUGCUGCGAGAACAGAGCAAGCUCUGCAAAAAUUUAUUGGUCUUUUUCUUAAAAUGUCAGCUUUUAUCAGUUUCAGCUAAUGGCUUUCAACAGACACUGAAAGGUGAUGGAUGUGAAUGUAACAGAAGAUGUGAUCUGUGCUUAGGUCCAAGUGUUGAAAAUUUAAAGUUGGUAGCUUUGCUUUCAGACAAUUUAAUGAAAUAUGAGAGUGAGAUUUAAUGUUCAUAUUGUGUGAUAUCUGAGGGUUUGCUUGACCAUGAAUGAGAGGUCUGCUAAUGCCGAUACAGUAAUUUUACUUCCUGACAGCACCACAAGAGUUUUAGAGAUGUCAAAAUAAGCAUCACACUCUUUACAAACACUACACUACAAUUCACCUGGGGGUAUCAUUUAGAAAAAGCCACACAAAGCAUAUUUAGUCAUGAAAGAGCCACAAAAUCAUUAUUUUUUUUAUUUUUCUUCUUCUUUUAAUGCAGCUCUCUUCAUUGGCCUACCCAAAACAUUCAACACUGUGGGCCAUGCAUUCCUCCUACAAUGACUGGUUAGUGUGACUGGUUAGUUAGCUAGAAAGCCUGUUUAGUCACAGGCUUUCUAGCAGUAAAAAAAGAGUUCUAUUUUUUAUUCUUUUUAUAAAUGAUACAAAUCAAAAUGUGUCCAACCCAAACUUUCAUUGUAUGCAGAUGACGCUGUGAUGUAGUCAAAAUGGAGCUAUACCCAAGUUGUAUCUUGCUUUAAACACUGUUCAAUAACAUUUGCAUGACUUAAAAACUCGUUUGUAGGGGCAACAAAAGUCAGACUGUUUUUAGGUGGAAACCGGUGAGACAUGCCUUCAUUCUUUACUUUGUGGGCACACCGAUUGAGUUUGUACUCCAGAACAGAUAUCUUAGUUUUUUACCUGAGUAUUCGCUUUCUUUUUUGCUUCUUAUCCUGCAGCUGCUGAGAAGAUUAAACUUGAAGCUUGGUUUUAUAUUUCUGGAUCAAGUCCUGACGUUCUUUUUUGAGCCCCAAAAGAAACUCAUUUCUACCACUUUUAUAUCCAUGACCAUGGUGAUGUUUUAUUCAUGCAUGCCUUUUCCCAGAGUUUGCAUGCAUUAAACACUGUGUAUCAUGUAGCUCUGAGGUUAAUCACAAGAUUUUAAAGCCCUCACUUAUCACUGUUUGUCCACGUGUUUGCAAGUCUAUCACAGGGCUCCUUCCCAGAGAUGGGGACUCAAGUUUCAGACUUGGACUUGAGUCACACUUACAUUGCACACUGACCGGAUUUGAGACUCGACUGGGACUCAAACUCUGGAGCUUGUGGAAAAUACUUUUAUUUUGCAUAUUUGUCUCAGAAACAUCACAAGUGUAAUAUCAUUCCCACUUGUCAGGUGUAAUCUUCUGCUUCUGACUCGUGGACAGACACUCCACAUUACCUGUUGCUGCAUCGGAACAGUGUUUGUAUGCAUAAAUCACAACUAAAAAGGCCUCUCAAGCAUAUUUACUGACCUUUUUUGGGGGGGUCAUUUUUCAUACAAAUGAGACCGAGACCUACAUGCAGUGAAUGGUCACCUUUAUCACUGUAUUGUUUUUGAUUCUCUAAGUUUUGUUCACUUAUUGUUAUUUGCGUUAUUUGGGCUCCUGCUUGUGAGUUUUUCCUAAAGAUCAGGCACAGACAGGCUCAAAAAAACUGUAUGAAGGAGGCAGGUGCAUGUUCCGCAACAGAACCAUGAAGUCUAUUUACAAAUAGAUUUUCAAGUUUGUGUUCCAUUUAUAAGAACAGCAUGUUCACAAUAGAAGACUAACCUUUGUUUAAUUUAAGGCUAAUAAAGUCAACAGGUCUAUUCUAGGGGCAGCGAAGAAGUAAUAGUGUUUGUAAUGAAGCUAAUAAUUGAGGCUGGAAGUAAUAAGGCGAUUUAGAUCAGUUGAGGCAGAGUCGAAAACUUCUUUGUAACGAGGAUGAUUAUGGUCAGAGCAGCUGAAAUCCACAGCAGGUCCACUGCAGCCAGCCAUCUGAUUAUCGAUCCCAUCUGUACUGAAAACUGCUCUAUCCAGGAAAAGCUGUGUGUUUGAGUCAAUUCACUCACCUGCUUCCAUUGUAACCCAACCCUGGAUAAGAGAACGAAAAUGAAGGAUGGGUGAGUGUGCUCCACAACCAAAAAUUGGCACCUGUGGUGGCAAAGCGUGAAGUCACUAAGAACCACUGAAAGGUUUCAAAGUGAGGGUUCAGAGGUGGAAUGAUGAACCUUUAUGUAAAGCCAGCUUUUACACUGUGCCCACAUCCUUGCAUUGCCUUAAUAAUGAUAAUGCAUCAGAUUUUAUAUAGCGCUUUAUCAGAGACCCUCAAAGCGCUUUACAUUGGAUACAUCAUUCAUUCGCUCACACAGUCAUACUUUGGUGGUGGUAAACCCCCCGAGUAGUCACAGCAUGCCCUGGGGCAGACUGACAGAAACGUUGCUGCCUUUUUGCGCCUAUGGCCUUAUUCUUCUUAUACUUAUACUUCUUAUAUAACAUUUCCACUCAGUGUUGGGCACAGCACUUAACUUGCUUUGGUCUUUUUUACUCCCUCUGCUUCCUCAGUGCCCCCAUCAGAUCUACCAACUCGAAUCUCGACACCCUCUGCAGACCCACGGUGCACUUGUUACCCCAGAUCUCUAUCAGUGCUACUUGCUUGUGCGUCACUCUUGUUAUCAGGGCAGUUUGUUGACCCCUGCCCUCCCUCUGUGAAGUCACCCAGAGGGCCAGAUCACAGCAUAGCCAACAUGUGGUUUGAGUUAGCAUCUCAGAAACAAGCCCUCUAUACGUGGGGGUGCCUGCGCCGUUUCAGAGCUCGCCGCUCUGCAUGUGUACUCUACAACUGUGAGAGUGUGCAGAGGACUUGCUGUGUCUCUGUGUGGAGAGGGUGUAUGGUUUGUGUGUAGGUUUAAAGCUACAACAGGCAGUAAGGGUCAAUUAAAAAGCCAGCACACUGUGUCUCUAGAGGCUCGGCUGACAGAGGAACCAGCUGAACUUUCUCGUCUGAAUUCUUUGAUUUUUUUUUCUCCUUUUCUUUCUCCUCUCUGUUUAUACUCAUACAGUAUAUUGACUGCACAUAUUUAGUGAACCUGUGCUUAUAUCCCCCUCUCUGUGCCUGCUCUUGGUCAGUGCAGCAGCCAGGUGGAGGUUUUGGCUUUCGUCAGAGUUAAUCUGCACAGCAUCUCUGGAAGCAGCGCAGUAGAGCGGCUCGUUCCAGCUCUUUUCUCCUCGCUUGAUUAUUUGAUUAACUUCUCACUGCGUCACAACAUCUGAUUUCCUUCCGACUUGUUCCAGGUUUGCCCAAUUUAGCCAGAAAAGCCCUUAGUUAGGAUUAGCAGCUGCUGUGAUUCCUAUCUGAGAGCGUUUUCUGAUUGAACAGAGCGCCUGUUGUUUAAUCUGCAGCCGAAUGGAAGCAGACUAAACAUAAUGACCCCUGAGUAACUUUAAUAAGGUAUUACAAAUGAGUAAUAGCUCUGUCAGCGUGCAUGAGGAAUGAUGAAUUUGAUAAAGUCAGGGAUAAGAUCUGCAGCUGAAAGAGAAAAAUUAUUGAAAACAUGAGGUGGUGACAUAUGGGUGAGUCGGCACGUGAGAAUGAGUCAGCUGAAAGCGCUCAGCUUUCAUAACAAAACCAAACAUUCACUCAAGUGUGUCUGUAAAUUUGAGAAACUUCAAGUACUUUCUGGUCAUGACGGUUCUACAUUUACGUCACCAAACAAACCAAUGAUUUAGGAAAGCCCACAUCACAAAUGGCACCCAACUGCCAUCCAAAAUCACUGUUCAUGAAUUAUUCCUACAGUUUCUGUUAAUGGCUGUACCCAUAAUGCAAUACUGCUCUACUACCUGGAUGUUAACAUGGCUGGCCUGUCAUAGUGGAGCACCGCUCGGCAGAGGUUUGAUAAAUGGAGAUCAGUUUUAUGAAUGUCAUAUCUGGGUGGACUUCUCCUGUGAUGGGCUGUGAUUCUGAAUUUGUGCUCAAUAAAGUUAUAUUCCCUGAGUGUUUUUUAACCUUUGGACUGAUUGGUAAGCCUAAAUUAGAGCCUAGAUUGGCUCGAAUCCUGCGUCUACGACAGUGAAUGUCACAGGAGUGCUUUGGUGAUGGAUGGAGAACCACAAUCGUAGCUGUCAAGUAUCCUGUUUUUAAACUACUGUAUUUACCCCUUCCCGCUGUCUUCCCGUAUAAGUAUUCUCCAGUAAAUCUCCUGUAAUAUGAUAUAUAUUUAUAGAGGAAAACAUUAUUCUGCCUCACCAAACUGAACUCUGUCUCUAGUGCAGGCUAAGUACCCACCAACUUGUAAGUAGUGAUCACACAGACGAUGAAUUAACCCCGGGGGCAGAAAAAAUGUCCCUCAUUUUCUGAACCAAAACUUGAUCACAAUAUGGAACAACACCGGACAAACAUACAGCUGAUCAUAUUGUAUAAUAAAAUCCCAGCAGAUGCAGGUCCCUAAGCCAGUUUGACAACACUGGUUUUAUACAGAUCUCUCUUUACUAUCAGUUAAGUCACUUCCUGCAGGUUGUUGAUAAAAAUGCAGGAUAGAGCACCUCUUCAUUGGCUUUAAAAGAGCUAUGGCUCUUAGAACUUUGUGAAUCAACCUAGUUAAAAGCUGAAUCAUCAAACUACUCAGGGCUGUUUUAAUCUGAAUUUAACAGCAUUAAUCCUCAGCAGACCCCCCUGUAAUCUGGACUUUCCUCCCCCCGAUCAUCAAAUAGCCUCAGUGGCAGCUGCUGGUCCCUCAGGGAUCAGCCUGUUUGUUGGUGCAGCGGUAUAUUUAUCAACUCCCUUAGCUUCUCAGUGGCACUGAUAUCCUGAAGACAUGGAGUCUGAGGGAUGGAGAGAUUGAAUAUUUAUUUAUCAGGGGUCAAAGGUCACAGUGUGGCAGUGCGAGCUGGCACCAGUUGAUAUUCCCAGAGAUGGAGGGACCUGCUUUUUUAUACUCUCAUCUUCAGAUACAUUUGAUCUGAUGAACUUUAUGUGCUGGAUGCAGGAUUUAAUUGCUGCCAGGAAAGACGCAAACGUGAUUUUCACUUAUUUAUUUUUAAACAGUAUAGCACUUGUCUGUAUUUGUAAGUCUGUGUUGGGUACAAAGCAGCAAAGGCAGGGAUGAGAGAAGAACUUCAGAAAGUUAGAGACUUUACUUUUCCCCAAAAAGUUUGUCUGGUCUUAAAUAUUUAAAACUCUUAAGAAAAAGGUGACAAUCCUGCUCCUCUCUUUGCCCUCCUUUCUCCACCUGUUGCUGCCUGAUAGUUUGUACCACUGACACAGUGGUCUAAAAUUAAAUCUGUGGCUUCUUCACAGAAGUCACAGAUGUUGCACAGCUGGUUCUGCCUCUGGUUGAAGGAGAGGCAGAGCAAUUCCACUCUUAUGUUUGCUGGGAAGUGUCCCCAAUUCGCUUUAACAACAUGAGGAGGUGAUUCAAUCACUUUUAAUGUUGGCAAGGACAGCAAACUUGGUGAAGUGGGUUGGAGAUGACCCACCUUCUGUUCUGAUGUGGAAAUCUCUGACAUGUGAGGUUGUGACUCUUAAAAAAUUAGGACAUUACAUAAAUGGGAGGAUGCAGAUGUUUCAGGAGAAAUAGAAGAAACCACUGGAACUUCUUGGAGUUACAUAAACUCUGGAGCUGAACUAACUGGACAUACAUUUAAAAUGACCACCGAAGAAUGACCUAUACAUGUCUCACUCACUGGACCUAUUUUCAUAUUGUUAAUGAGCUGUGCUUCUCUUGCUCUUGUCAUUAAUGGACCACUUUUGUAAAUUUGUCAAGUUUGUAAUUUGAUUCCUUGUAUGCUUCUGGAAAACAGAAUAAAAGUUUCAAAUGCCAAAAAAUAAAAAUAAAAAGAGGGAGGGGCAGAGAGGGGAGACUGUGUAAAAGUGUCCUCCAGUUCUUUAGUUUACCGAUUGAGGUUACAAACAGAAAGAAACGUUUUUUGCCACAAUGUCAACAGCCAGAAACGUGUCAAACUUUUGCCUCACAUGGGUUCAGGUUGUCGCCAGCGUUGCUUUUGCUUUGAGAAUUAAUGACUGAAUUUAAGGGUUCUGACCAAUCAGAAUUUAACAGGUAAUACAGGGUACCAACAAACCAAUAAUACAUUCACUUUAAGAAGUCAUAAUAAGGACAGACUCCCUUUCAGGGUCACCCUCUCGUGGUUACGAAAGAAUUUGUAUCUGCACUUUUGGCUUUAUUUUUGUACCACUGGAGGUUUCAGUUUGGUGACUCAGUUGUACCAGAAGCAAAACAAAGAAAGCUGGGAAUGGAAAAACAAAAAGAAACUUGUCCUAUAAACAAAGUAAAUGAACAAAUACCAAGCCAAUGAUAAACAUAUCACCACUAAAUGAUAACCAAAAUAUGUUUACUUUCAGUGUAAAAAAAGAGCCACAAUACAAUCCAAAUUAAACACGCCUAACUAAAAAAUUUAUUUGGUGAUUUGUUCGUUUAAAGCUGCAGAAAGAAGAAACACAAAGGGAAUUUUCUGAAUAAAUCAGUGCCGUCACGGUCCUUCUCAUUCAUGUUUUUAUUUCCUGACAGCUGGAGAGUGUUGUCCAGAGGAACAUAAGGCCGGGCAUCUCUAACAUCCCUCCACACGUCGUUCACAACCAGACAGCCACCAUGCUGGAGAUAGGGACAAACCUCCUCACGCACACCGCAGAACAGACUCGCAAACUCAACGUGGUGGAAGCGAAGGUACAGAGCUCACAGUCCACUGAUGUUAGCUUUCUGAUGCAUACUGUCCAGAUUUAAUGUCGUCUUUACUUCCAGGUGAUGAACCAGACGUCCAGGAUAGAGAUCCAGCUGCUGGAAAACUCUCUGUCCACCAACAAACUGGAGAAGGAGCUGCUGCUGCAGACGUCUGAGAUCAGCCGGCUACGAGACAAGAACAGGUAGAUGAGGAGGAGUUUCUACACUGAGGUUAAAAACUGCCAAGACUCUAGACUCUCCACCAAAUGAUUAAAAGGACUUGACAGAAGUGGCAAUGACGGCUAUUAUUGUUAGGAAGUCCUCAUGAAGUACAGAAGUGAGUGAUCUGUAACUCUAAAUUAGAUCAUAAAUUUUAUGUUUAAAGCAGCACUCCCUCUUGAAUUACAUAUAAGUAUCCAAACGUGCCUCUUAUUGACAUGUAUUUUUGUAUUGUAGUCCAACUCCUUAUCCAGCCUUUGAUUUAAAUACAUUUUUCUUUUUCCUUUAUAAUUUUGGGUCAUGGUUGCAGGCCCACCAUGUCCACCGACACUUUUAAUCUUCUCAGCAACAUUUUCCAGCUCUGCACUGUGGGCUCCUGAUGUGUUUCCUGCAAUAAGUCAUCUCGUCCCUCCAGGUGCCUCUAGGCCUACCCUGGCGCGUCUUCCUGGUUGGUUACACCUUGAAAACUUUUAAAGGCAUCCAGGCUUCCUUAUCAAAUGGUGAAACCACCUGAACCGGAUUAUUCAAAUUAAAUAAAUCAGCAAAAGCUCCUAUUUGAGCUCCAGACCCUGUCUCUCAGGCUGAAUCCAGACUCUCAUAGGAGACUUAUUUGCCCUAGCGUUCUUGUUCUUUUGGUCCCUGGUAAAAUGACCAUAUUUGAGUGUUGGAGCGUAGAUCAGGCGUUAAAUGAAAAGCUUUGCCUCUCAUGCUCGGCUCCCUCUUCACUAUGAUGGGAUGCCAGCAUUACAGCUGAGACUGCACCAACCUGACUGUAAAUGGACUGAGUUUAAAUCUCUGUCUUUCCCUUCUGACCACUCAAAGCCCUUUUUACAUCAUGUGUCACAUUCACAAAUUCACAAACUGAUGUUAAAAGGGUUAAAAGAAAAGCUUUAUUGGGUUCAACAUAAGAUAAAGAAAAAGCACAUUAGUAGUGACAAAGCAGCUGAAAAUCCAACAUGAGUACAUGUUUGUUAGAACUGAGAAGAAGUUGAACUCAGUCUGAUUUGGUUCUGGAUUUUUCUCUGCUCUGAACCUUGAGCAGUUAACAGACUCCAAAACCAGCUUUGAACAUGUUGCAUCUCUAUUUCUGUUCUGUCUAUAUUUUCCAAGUACCUGACAGAGGACUUUCACACGAGCUUAGCAGACAUCUAAGACAGUACUAAAUCAUCCUUUGUUGUGGUUUUAGUUCAAAACGUCAUAAAGCACUGACUGCUAAUUGUGAUUAAACACACAUCUCCUCUCUGACUCCCAGAUGUGAAAGUAAAAAUCAAUACAAACCUUAUCAGCUGUUUCACAUCUGAGCAGAGAGAGCAUCUGAAGCACAAGCAUGUGCUUUGAGAUGAUGGACUCACAUCCACACAGCUGUUUCUGCAGGACACGCCAAUAUUUACAGACAUAAUAUUUUCUCUAUUUUUCAUGUUGAGCUGAACUUGGCUGAUGCUCUGUGAGCUCAAAACAUGCAGAGUCAUUAUUAUCAGCCUGCUCUUUGUUUACAGAUAUGAUUAUGAAGAUGGAAGGAGCCCAUUCAAAGUGCAUCUUUCUUCAUUUACAGUCAGUACAUCAGCAGCAGCAGUGCAUUAUGGGACAUUUUGGCCUCACAUUUUUCACACUUUGCGGUCGGUGUUUCCUGCACACAGCUUUGGUGUUGACUGAGCAGAUGUUUGCAGUCACUGUAUCUUUGGAGCAGGUCAGAGCUCUAAUUAAUUCCCCUGCAAAUAAAUGUCCAGGGAUCUGACCUGUUCUUCUCUUUGUCUUCAUCAAGCACACAUCUUUUUUUUCAAACAUGUUUGGCUUACUUUAUGGAAUCUAGGAGACAAAAUAUCCCUUUACAUUCAUAAUUGAUCACUAAAUAACUCAAUUAAAACAAAGGACACACUGACCUCUUUACAGUGAACUUUCAUCACAGUGGGACUGAUGAUUGUAGUUGAAGCAGCUGGACAUCUGUUGCUGCAAUCCAGAGGAACCUACAGGAUGAGGGAGCUCAAGGAGCUCCAGAAAAGACUGUAGUUAGUGACUCCAGUGGAUUGAUUUUCGCCACCUUCCAAUUCCUACUGGAUGUGUUUUGUGAGGCGAGUUUUAGACAGCGGGAAUUGCAAGGGCUCACAAGAAGCCGCAAAUUCACAUGCAAUCACACGAUAACGAGUUGUCUCUAUAAAGACAGCCACAUAACCAUAUAAGCAGUAGAUCAAACAAGUGACUUAACCAUGCAUGUUCAUGCACUGACUGUGAUGUAACACACUCUCGAAAUUCAUUUUCAAAUUUGACAAUGAAACAGCAAAUGUGCAAACAAACAAACAUCCUCCAUCUGUAUGUGUUUAGGGGCGUAUGCAGACUCAUUAAUCAAAAACACACACACACACACACACACACACACACACACACACACACACACACACACACACACACACACACACACACACAGCAUAGCAGCAGCAGCAGAGAGAUCAGUGACUCUCCAUCAGUCUCUGUAAAUGAAGUUUCGUUCAUGGUCGGGUCAGCAUGUUGAAGUGAUCAGAAACAGGAGCUGGAAAAGCGUCUCAGCUCCUAAUGUGACCAAAGUGUCCCCUUUUGACAUACAGGGAGACCACAGCCGAAUGUUACACACACACUUACAUGACAGAGUGAUGGAGGGUGUAAGAAAGUGUAUUUCAGUGGGCCAAUACCUCAAAUAUUGAACUCAGUACAACAUUACCUUAUAUCACACCACUCCUCUCUCCAUUUACAGAGUCAAAGAUGUGGUAAUGUGUUUAAUCCGCUAUUACACACACUGUCAUUCAGACUUACAGAAAAGCUGACCUCCAUAGACUGAUGUCCUCUAUCAAAUAAAACUCCAACAGGUGAUUUGCUACACACUUGGGCAGAGCAGCUUGUGGAGCAUCAGCAAUGUUUUGAAACAUGAGGAGCAGCAAGUAACAGGAUAAAAAUAACAUAAACCAAAACAUGUUUCUCUUCUCUCAUCCCUUCAUUUCACUUAUCUGUUCUUUUUGUGGAUAUUUGAUUUCUUGUCACAUUGGUGGAAAGGUUAAAAACUUGUUGAACUGUUUUUUUUUGCAGUCAUUGGCAUUAUCUUCCAGGGGUUGAGAGGGAAACAAAAACAUACUUGUCAAAAACUUCUAGAAGACUUACAUUCAAAGGUAUCAGAAUGCUGACUGGGGCAACUUCACAUUUCAGUGUAAAAGCCCCUGAAAUUUUCCUGAAAUUUUCCUGAAAUUUUCCAUAGUGGGUGCCUAAAAGGGCUCUAGUAUCCAUUUUUCUGCAGAGUGGUGUGCUCAGUGGCCAAUAAUUUCCAAUGGUCUAAAGGUUUCAUCAGGAGGAAGAUACUACAAAUGCGGGACAAAUUUUUCAGGACAGCCUACACUAAAAUUUUUCCAAAAAAUAUCCAACACACUGAGUUGAAACUAUUUAAAAACAGGCAUAAUUAUUGUGGCAUGUACUUGGAUAUAGACAGAUUUCCCACAACCUCCUGUAGAGCCCCUGUCUCCUCCCUCAAUCUGCAUUGAGAGCCAGAAAAGUGAGUGUAAACUGACAUCCAGCCCAGCGUCAGUGUCCCAUAUUUCCCCUGUGGAGCUGCUGCCACUCCUUCAUCAGGUUUCAUUCAUUUGGCCCGUGUGUUGUUGAUCUAAGCGUGGGCUGGGUCUAUUUUCAGCAGCUGCUCUGCUGGUUCAGCUGCAGAGAUAACGAGAGCCGAGGUCGGCUCUGCAGAAAGAAUGAUGGUGGGGUGAUUAAUCUUUUAUUUCUUUCUUUCUUUACGGCCUCUCCACCAUGAGGAGGGACUCAGGAGUUACAGCCUCUGCUCUUCUGCUGAUGGAUUUGUUGUACAAACAGUUUGGAUUAGUGUCCUCCCUCGUGCGCACAACCUUCCUGUUAAACAAUCCGAUUUUAAUACGUCACAUUCCUGGAGUUAUUGUGUCUGACGUGGGAAAAAUGACUUUAACCCCCAACCUGCCUCCUACAGCUACCAAAAGUGUCUAAAUCAAUGUUUUCAUCUGACAAGGGAGCAAAGAUGUUUUGCAAGGUUGUUCAGACAACCUGCUGAGAAGCUGCUGUGCAAUUUGGUGUUCUUGAGAGUCCCUCUGUUUUGAACCACAACUAAAGUAGUCAUUCAACACCAGAAUAUUUUGUGAUUCUGGUAACACAUUAGAUGAAAUCUAGAGUUGUCCUGAUUCAAGGACUACAUCUCCCAUGAGCACUGUGGCCACCUUGUUAAAGAUGUGGCUGUUGCAAAGGGAUGCACAUUUGUUCAAGAUAUUUUGCAGGAUGCAGAGCAGAGAUAAGCUGAUUAAUCAAGAUGAUUUAUGGCAUUUUGAAAUAAUUUAGUAUCAUAUCGGCAUUGCUUUAAUUAGGCCGAUGCAACAACAAUCUUUUUAAAAUGCAGACACUUUUUCCAAUUCCAACUACAACAUAUCAGAUUUCAAACAGUCAUUGGCUGGAGUUUAACAUCUAUUAUUUUAUGAUUUAUGGAAGAAUGUUGUUUGUUUUAACUUCUGUCAAAAUGUUAGUCCUGUUCAUAAAAUCUAUAGACUAAACUAAUGUUUCUAUUUUUUUUUUAUAUUUCACAAAUAUCCAUCCAAACCAUGUCACUGGCUUCCAGAGCCAAUAAAGUAUGUGAUUUUUUAAUGUACACAGUAUUAUGAAUUUAAGAUUACUGGAUAUAAAUCUGAAAGACAAUACACUGAGCCAAAUAUUCAUCCAUUUAAAGUUCAACACUUUUCUCCUGUUAGUAUUAUUAAAUUAUUCCAUUCAGCUAAUGCAAAAUCAGAAACACCAACAUUAACAGAGACAUGAUACCAGUCUUAUAGUAUAUCAGCCAUCAGCCCCCCCUGCUGACUCAUUAAAGGUAUCAGCACCAGCUGUCUAAGACUGUUAUCAUGUGACCACCUCCACUGCGUGAUGAGCUGAUGUAUCAUCUUUACCCAUGAAAAAUUAUAAACUGCUACCUAUGAAACUUUGUAAACUCUGGUUUUAUCUGUAUAAUAGGGCUGCAACUAACGAUUAUUUUGAUAAUCGAUUAAUCUGCCGACUAUUUUAAUAACUAAUCGAUUAAUCGGAUAAACAGGCUAAAUUCAUCAAUGCAGCUGUUAAUAGCAAUAGCAUAGGGCUUUAGUUUAUCAUAUGAGUUUAUCUGCCAUGAGGUGUUGAGGUCUCUGCAUGUGUAGGUUACUGACUUACUGUAAUCAUCGGGUCUUUCUCAUCCUUAUAAAAACCUGCUCUAUUUCGGCGAGUGUCUGUCUUCUUCUGUAGUCAAACCGCAAGAUAUCAAAAGCUACCCGGAUACAGCAAUGCUGCUUUUUGAUUGGCUGUUCAGUAGAUAUACUUUAUUUGAUUGGCUUGCGCGUGGCACGCAGCUUCUGAACUCUCGGAGGAACUCAGUUGAUUUCCCCCUGUUCCAUUGUUACAGAGGUGCAACUUGGUGGACAUCACCGUGUUUAUUUAAAUGCGUGAGAAAUACAAUGUGUGGUGUGUGAGCGUGUGAACGAGUGGGAAUGCGUGUGUCAUACGCUGAAUGCGUGAGACUUGAGAGCCCUGUGCUUAUGCAUCAUCGAUGUACUCCCGUGCCAUGCAAAACGGGCUUUGCAAAUGUUGCACUGAACGCCUUCCUUUUCGGUCUUGGUAAAGUUUUCCCACACCACUGAUGUUUUAGGUCGGGAUUUGGGUUGGGUUGUGUCCAUGUUUUUCUCAGCCGCUGCCUCGGCCAUGGCUGUUUCUUUUCUGUGCGUCCUGCUGAUGUUUACACGCCGGUGUCCAUGGACAUAUAUAAAGACCCGACGAAUCGAUUACAGAAUUAGUUGGCAACGAAUUUUUUCGUCACGACGAAUCGACUUAAUCGAUUCGUUGUUGCAGCCUUACUGUAUAAGAAUGCAUAUUUUUAAAUUGGAACACAUAUGCGGUUCUACAUGCAUGCAUGUAUGUAUAUAAAUACACUUGUGUAACGAUGCCAAGUAAAAAGGUAACAGGUUUUCUGAAUAAAGAGCUAUGUGCAAUGGCUAACUCUCAACUGUCAAGGGUGAGUGAAAAAUAUCAAGAUGGCUAUUUAAUUUUUUAUUUUUUUUUUUACUUUUAUACAGAAUAUACUGAUCGAUAUUGCCAGUUUUGUUGCUGAUAAUCUCAUUUCACCAUCAAGAGGCAUCAGUAUAAGAGCGACACUAUCUCUACAUCAGUCAAAAACUCCCCACAGUGACUUUAGGGCCAAAUCACACCAUUAACUCUCCACUAGGCUGGAAAAAAAAUACGAGCAAGAAGUUUGCAUCUUUGCAAGAAAACUGCAGCUCAAACCAUUUCAGCAAUAAUUCUGUGGUGUUUUUUUUACUUUUAACCCACAUUUUAUUACAAAAUGACACUGCUCCUGUUACAAUAACAAAGCUAUGGUCUAAACCCAGACCACAUUUUUCCCCUAAACCUGAGUCAUUUCUGUGAUUUGACCUGAACUAGCCUCUCCAGUUUGUUGCACAAUUAUGUGCAGAUAACUUUCCAACAGAGGUUUGGAUUUGUUUUCUUUUAACAGACAGAGAUAAACACUGCUGUGUUGUUUAUGAAAGCUGUAAUAACUUUCUUUUAAUUUCAUUUUUUGAACCUUUUACAAGAGGCAGACACAGGUAAUUCUUUGGUAAAUGAUAAUGGCAACAACAGAGAAAAAUAACUGAUUGUGUGAAUCUGCUGAAGAUUGAUAUUUGAAGGUUUUUGAUGUCUGUGUGUCUUUCAGCCGUCUGGAGAGUAAAGUUCAGAUGUUGGAGUCUCUGCAGAAAGGAGAGCUUGAGGACAUGAGGGAGGAGAAGAACCGGCUACAGGUAUAGAUAUAACAGGGAGUUUGUUUGUUGAUCAUCAUUAGCAGGUGUCUGUGUAAACUGGUGCAUAAGAUUUAUGGAGCAUUUCAUUUGAGCUUGGAAGUCAGAAAUUCCUAAAUGCACACCGAAUACAUCUCUCAGAAAGCCCUUUUAAGUCAGAGCUCCAACUCUGAAACUUGGGGCAACUCAACCCUUAGCCCCGAAUCCAAGAUGGCUGCCUUCUGCAUCGACUACAAAACAGAUGUACUUUUAAUGAUGUUUGUUAGAAAGUUUGUCUUGUUUUGCAGUAUUGAUUCAGUCACCCUCAUACUUUUCAGCAAGUUUGAUUGGCAGACAUGAUGGCAUGUUGCUGUCAAAUGCAAACUAUCGUGCAGAGUGUUGUUAUUGUCUGCCAUGACUACCAAUGCUAACAACAUUAGCAACAUCUGAGUAUGUUUUUGACGUGUAACUGAAUCCCAAUAAACUUGAGAAUGAUGCCAUCCCUGGCUCCAACAUUCAAAUUCCAAGACAGAUGAAACGCACCACUAUUGACUUUUAACUUUUAGAGACUUAUCUGAAAUUAAAUCAGCAUGUUUUUAUGUAUAGUGGACGAUCAGGCAGUGCAUAAGAUAACAGGUGUGAGCCUAGACUCAUAAAUAAGGAAAUUACAGAUUGGAAGAUGUAAGGGAUUGAUUUGGAUUGUUCUCAAAAGGACUACUUUGUUUUUCACUGCAUGAAAAAAAGACCAAAAGAAAAGGACACAAAUUUAGAAUCUAUGCUUUUAAAUUUAAACCCAUAGACUUGAAACGCUGAAGGCAGAAAUAAGUGACCUGAUACUUUAUUGGUGUGCUUAUGAACAAACUAUGACUGACAUAUCAGCUGUAUUAAGGUCUUUUUGAUGGUUGGGAUUGUUUACUUUUUCUCAGUCAGUGGUCAGGACUCAGAUGGCAGCCAUUGAGUCUUUAGAGCGGCAGCUGAGGGUCGCCAGCAGCAACAACACAGCUUUGCAGAGGCAGCAGGUUCAGCUCAUGGAGUCUGUGCACACACUUAUUAACAUGGUGGCUACAACAGGUACACACACACAUACUCACGACCACACUGUCUCCCUCACACAGCAUGCAUGUGCAUGAUUUUACCAGCUAACUUUAUCAGCUUUCUGAAUCUGCAGCAUUCUGAUACUAUUAGGGUUUGUUCUAUUACAAGCCUUUUAUAGUAUGUGUGUGUGUAUGCGUUUGUUUUUCUAUCAUGCUAGGGUCCACACCCUGACUCGUGCUGUGGGGACCAAUUCAUGUUACACUCUAAUUUGUUCAUUACAACUGCAAAAAACAAUAAAAAUAGUGCCCUUUUAUAGAAUUUAUAAUAUUUGGACCCAACAUACAUUAUUUAGCUCACUUGCAUGCAUUCUAGUGGUCAUUGUUGGCAUUGCAGUUUUUGCAUAUGUAUUGCUCAGGCCAUUUUCCUGAGAAAUAUUUGAUUCUGUCUGUUUUUGUUUUUGGAUUCAGGAUCACCUCCCAGAAGCCAGAUGUGGAGGGACUGUGCAGAUGCUUUCAAGGCUGGUCAAUCUGUCAGUGGUGUGUAUCCCAUCUACAUCAGCAACAGGACUGAACCUGUACAGGUAUGAUGAACAACUGAGUCAAAGUCAUUUUCACCUCUGUUUUGGAUUCUGUAUUAAUCAGCAUCUUGACACUCAGGCUGUGAAGAUAUGUGCCAAAAACGUAUGAAAUUUGCUCUACAAGGCUCAUUAAAGAAUGCCAAAUUACCAUAUUUUUGUGGUAAAGCUGGGUCAUCAUUGAGAGUCAGAAUACAUAAUAUUGUUUGUUGAGAUAUCAGUUGAUUCUUUUAAUCUACACAAGAUCUUAUUGGCUUUUUAAAUAAUUCCAAUUUUUAAAGAAAUAAGAAUAUGUUUUGCUUUCAGCUUCUCAAAUUGCUUUUUCUUGUCAUGGAUCAAAUAAAUUGGGUAUCUUAGAUCAGGACAUGAGGACUUCAGCUUUUGAAAAUUGUUGUGUUGAUUUGGAUUUGACUUUAUAAAUGAAAUACACCAAAGAAAUUUAUCAAUAAAUCAGAAAAUUCAGACAGCAUUUUGAAUUAACAGUAUUAUAUUAUUAUAUAUUAUAAUAUUUUUUAUUGUUUAAAAACCUGAUGUUUCACAUUUGAUCUUGACAAACCAUCAAAAACUAGUGGCUGGAUCCACUUGGUAUCUGCAGCCAUGUGUUUAUGGAAGCAGAUUUACCUCCCAGUAAAGUCAUACACUACGUUGCAAUGUCAUGGAACAUUUUUUAGUUGACCUGAGUGAUUUUACCAGCCAUACUGAGACAAAUACUUGUUUUAAAAAUGACCUACUAUAAUCAAAGUUUGGUUCCUCAAGGUGUUCUGCGACAUGGAGACGGCUGGUGGAGGCUGGACAGUCUUCCAGCGGCGAUUCAAUGGCAGUGUGGACUUUCAGAGGAGCUGGAGGGAGUACAAAUUGGUAAGUUAGUUGAAUCAGGGCACCAAACAAUUAAGUAUCACAAUCACAUUGCAAGUAAAAUAAGUUACUUCUCCAAUCCUACAGGGUUUUGGGGAUGUUUUGGGGGAGCACUGGCUGGGUAACGAAGCUUUGUACCUGCUGAGCAGUCAGGGUCAGUACUCCAUGAGAGUGGAGCUGAGGGACUGGGAUGGAAACCCAGCCUACUCCCAGUAUGACCGGUUCACACUGACUGGCGAGAGGCAGCAGUACAGGUAAACAUAAUUGCAUAAUUGUCAUUUUACAGGCAGUUACAUAAUGGCAGUUCUGUUUGCAUGGACACUUUUACAUGUGAGAGCAUUAAUGCAAUAAAAAGAGGAUAAAUGUAUCAGCAAGACAUACUUAUACCCACACAGUUGUGUACACACACAAAUUCAGGUUGUACACAUAUCAUUUACUGUAUAUUUGUACACGUUUAAAAUACAGUGGAAAGCAUGUUAAGGUUCUGGUGUACAGUACAUCCAUGGAUUUAUCUGUAUCCACUUCCUCAGGUUGUAUCUCAGAGGUUACAGUGGUACAACUGGUAGACAGAGCAGUCUGGCCACCCAUGGGAUGGGCUUCAGCACACGAGACCAGGACAAUGAUAACUGCGACCACUGCAAGUGUGCCCUGAUGCUUACUGGAGGUAACUCCUUUCACCUUUUUUUAUCCUCUACUCUACCCUUCCUUCUCUUGAUCCAUAACGGAAUUUCCCUGAAAUUGCAAUCUUUAAAAAAUACCAGCCGUAGUCACCCUAAAGUCCAGCACUUGUCAACCUAUGUCAGUGCCAAAAACCAACAACUCUUAUGUCCUUUUUCCUCUCAAUGUGCUGAAAUUUCUGAUUUCUUUAUGACUCAGGCAAAACUAUGAAAACACCCAACGGCUACCAUGAAUCACUUUGUCAGUCACAAUCAAUGGGAAAUCACAGAUAAAGUAAAAGAAAGACAAGAAAACUAAGACCAUGAUCAGAAAGUGAGAGAGACUUAAGGUGUGCAUCGAGGAAAAUUUCUAUGUACCCAUUCAUAAUAAUAAAAUACAUCAGAUUUCAUAUAGUGCUUUAUCAGAGACCCUCAAAGCACUGUACAUUGGAUACUUCAUUCAUUCGCUCACACAGUCACACCCUGGUGGUGGUAAAUUACCUUAGUAGUCACAGCUGACCUGGGGCAGACUGACGGAAACAUGGCUGCCAAUUUGCGCCAACGCCACCUUCGACCAACCACCACCACACAACACUCACAAUUAUACACCAGUGGAGGACACACACUGGGGCAAAGUGGGCUAAAUGUCUUGCCCAAGGACACAAUGAACAGACUAGGGAUAGAGGGGAACCAAGCCGCUAACCUUCUACUUAUUGGACGACUGCUCUACCUCCUGAGCUACUACCACCCAGAGUAGUUCAGCCGCCCAGAAAUUUCCUAUUUCACCCAGAGUGUUUCCUAAAAUCUCUACGUUAUAAGUUUAUCUUCCCACCUCACCUUUAUUACUCUUUACUCCUGAAUUAAUUCAUUAAUAUGUCUGUCUCAUGCUCCUCUUUCAUGUAGCUUUCUCUCUCUUUCUCUCUCCAUCAGGUUGGUGGUUUGACGCCUGUGGUUUCUCCAACCUGAAUGGUAUGUACUAUUCUAUCGGCCACAACAUCAGGAAGCUUAAUGGCAUAAAGUGGCAUCACUUCAGAGGUCCCAGCUACUCUCUGCGAUCCACUGCCAUGAUGAUUCGACCCUAUGACUUCUAA